AUGCCCUGUAAACAUGCGUUAGUAUCAGGUGAGAAUACUUGCAAGAUACAUUCUCAUUCUGCGGAAUUAGAAGAAAGAAAACAGCUAAAAGUCUGUUAAGAUUCACAUGUAAAAAAAUAAAACAGAACUGUUAUGUUCAUAUUCAUCAGUAUUAAUCUUGGAAAAUGAUACAGGAUCUCAUUUAUUGACAAAUUGGACCUUACUUAGUAUUCACUAUCUCUAUGUCUGUCUUGCUUCCUAUCCAGGAUUCAACCUGAUUCGCAGAUUCUCCCUACAGAAAAUGAGCUCAGUGAAAAAGAUUAAGAACCCCAAAGGGCCCAUUAUCAUGAGACUAGGAGGUGCUCGGCUGGUGGAGUCAACUUCGUAAGUCCAGAGUUAAUAAGUUUCAAAUAUUUUCAAUGCCUGAUAUAAAGCCAUGGCAACAAAUGGGUUGGUCAUAAUAUACACACGUUCUAGAGCAAUUAUGAUAUUGGGCAGACUCGGAACCACUCUACAUUAGGAGAUUUUAAUAAUAACUUCCUACUGCUGCCAUUCUGAAUGAUGUGUCCCUCUCGUUACUGAUGUUGUUAAGGAGAAUACCCUUAAGGAAGCUAUUUGAAAGACUCGUAAACCCUUUCUAAUCCUGGAAAGUGAGCCUCAGGCACAUAAUCAUCCUGGGCACCCGUCCAACCAAUUAUGCAACACAGAGCUGCAAGCGUCUUCUUUUUUUUUCUUCUUCUUCUUUUUGUUGGCACUUCUCCCAGAAAGGCCUGCGUGGCUGGGGUGGUAGAAAGAGAGAGUCAGGCAAGAUUUGUAAAAUAGCCUUCUGUUUUCUAGUGGUCCAGUUAUGACAUCAGCAUGCAAGAGGGAGAUGAGAUCACACAUAUCUCCACCAAGAAACUGUUUAAUGGCAAUCAAAAUACAGCUUUAGUUUUCCUUCUCUAAUUGUUGCGUUUAUAUCAAUUGUAACUCUGUUCUCAUCCCUAGUAUGUGCCAGAGGAGGAUGUCAUUUGUUUUCUAGUUUAUGCAUUAAGGAUCAAAGUCGAUAUAAAUGUGUUUAAUAAUCUAGACUUUAAAGAUCUUGUAUCAUAAUUAUUUUGGAUGCAUUUAAGGAUGGAAUAAAAUAUAAAUGGUCCUUAAGGGGUGGCAUUUUUUAUAGGAUUUAGUAGAAAAUGAUUAAAAAUUAUUAAUAAAUAUUUUCUUUUUAAUUUUAACGUUGGAUUGUGUGCCAUGCUGCUAUUAAAAGGCAGUCGAAAGAAUAUUGAUAUAUUAAACAACACGUGAUAGCAGAUAAGAGCCACUGUAGUGGUUGCACCGUAAUAUAGAGUUAGGAUUAUUUUGUAAUACAUAUUAUCAAUGAAAAAAUGAAAUUCCAUUUAUAUUUUGUGACAUCAAGAAAUCAAUAUUUUCUAUAUUAAAUCAAUAUGUUCUAUGAGAAUUAAGCUGCAGCUUAAUAUCGCCCACUAUUUGAUGCUUCAUCUAGUUUCAGUAACAUUGACAUUGUGUUUUUGGCUCUAUAGUUUUAGAGUUAUUUCAGGGCUCAUGGGGGAACUAAAGCAUGAAACUAGAAGACAUUCUUUCUUGGUUUUUAUUUACUCAGAGAAUCAAGCUUGAUCUGGGGUACUGUUCAAAGACUUUGUUACAUGUCAAAUCAGGAGUAACAGCCACUCAUGAUCAACUCUUUCAUGGCCAGAGGAGCCUGCAUUAAAUUAUAGAAUCCACCAGAGGCAGGAGGUCGAUGUAGUGCCAAGUCCUGUCUUGGCUCAAGAGAAGGAUUCCAAAUGUAAUUAGUUAUUCUCUGAGCAGUGAUGAAACCACCAGCUAUCCUUGCACUUUUCAAUAUAACCUGCUUUGUCUUCUCUGAAUCAUGCUAGACCCAAGGUUGACAUUUUCAAUGAGCAGGGUCAAAAAAACACAGAGGGGGUUGAACAAUUUAAAUAAUUUAUUAAAUACAUAAAGGCAUAUGGUUUAUUGAAAUAAAAUAUAGAAAAGUUACUGUUACGCAUCAUUUGCAUAUCUCAGGCUGUACUUUGAUAAGUCCUCCUUAGGCACAGAAACUUGAAAAAUCAUGUUUCCACAACUACCAGCCUGGCAUGCAAAUGAAUGAACACAGAUAGGCACCGUGUUAAGAUGUCAUACUGCAUUUCUACAGAUACCCUUAGAAAUAGAUGCUGUUUUAAACACAGCUUUUUCUAAAACCACGCCAGGGCUAUCAUCGAAAAGGAACAGUGACCAGAAACCAGCUUUCGACUGUGGUUUUGACCUUAUGGAUUUAAUCAGCCUGGCAAGGUGCUGACUUUAGCAUGAAAGUUCAACCACAUAAAAAUAAUAGUUAUAAAAAUAAAAAUAACUUACUUAGUACUAAUGCAAAAUUGCAAAAAAAAAAAAAAAUACACUAAUGAAAUGUGGAUUACUCAUCAAGACCAUUUUGGGGGGAUCGUUACAUUGUUUUCCAUAGAGAUUGCACAACUUUUAGAACAUUGGGGGAGAUUUAUUAAUGCGUUGUUGACACUUUUAUUUGUAAUUUUCAGCAAAUGUUGCAAUCUUUUAAAUAUGAUGGGUUUGUUUCAUCUGUUGCAUCAUUUGAGCACUAACAAUAAUUUUGAAUAUAUUACAUAUUUUCACAAAAUAAUGGAUUUAUAAUUUUUUAAACUCUUUUUCAAACAGCAAAUUGUUAUCUUUCCUUUUAUUUUCAAAACUCUAAAUUUGGAGGUCUUUUGAACUGAAUUUACUAUGACAAAAAUUGUCACUUUAAUAAAUGUAAUCACAUUAAUGAUGUAAUUAAAACCCCACUUUUCAGAACACAAAAAGAAAUAUCCCACAUAUUUACUCUAGGUUAAUCACUGCAGUAUGAAGAUAAUGGUUUCUUAUAAAAGGAACGAAUGCUAUCUCUGUUUGAUGUAUAUUAUUUUAAAUAUCAGACAGGUAUUCCCUCAUGGUUUUCCUGAUCAGUUUACUCUUGUGGUGACCUUGCUGCUAAAGAAACAGACAACAGAUGAAGAUUGGUAUCUAUUUCAAAUCAGUGAUCACCUAGGAUACCCACAGGUACCUAUACUCCACCACAUCAUCUCUGACAUUUGCGUGACUUGAAUAAGGUUGUUUUAGUGCUGUAAUGAUUUUUUAAAUAAUCAAUAAGCAGAAUUAGUUAAGUACAGUAAUCUGCAUAUUCAAUAGCAUCAUCAACUUCACCACACACAACAUUGGUAUUAUCACUCGCAACAUCACCCAUACAACCGAGUUUGUAAACUAUUCGAUAAUAUAACCUACAGCACAUUGUUAAGUUGAAUCCUUUAUUUGUUCUAAAGUGAUGCAAGCAAUGUGCUGGUAUUACUUUUUAAGAUACAGUCCACACUCCAUAGUCCAAGUUUUGCAUUACUGGUUGAGUCUGAUUACAGAUAUUGUUUAUUCAUUAAAUUAUGUCUCUUGAUGAUAACUUACAACCUUCCAUCCCAUCAUUUCCUUGUUUUCUUUUUAUGAAAGGCUUGGUUUUACAUAUAAUUUCAUGGAUAAUUAAUUUCAUUCUAGUCAUUGACAUAUAUCCUCCAUCUUGUUUGCUUUGCCCAGAUCUCUAUAGGUGUCAAUGGUAAGGAUCGUACAGUGUCACUCCAAGCCAGAGGACAAGAUAAAGAAUAUGUAGGCAGCACGUUUGCUGGACAGGGCUUGUACUCCCUGUUUGACAAUGGAUGGCACAAGAUUGUGCUUAGCGUUCAAGAAAAAAUGGCAUCUAUUCACAUUGACUGCAGCUUCAUCUCCUUCAAACCCAUCGAGCCAAGGGCCCCCCUGGCCAUGGAUGGACAUACCUUCAUCGGGUUAAACACAGUAAAUGGUUCCCCAGUACAUGUAAGUUCACCUAAGAUCUGUUUAAAAUAUUGAAAGAUUUCAUGGAGAGCUUCUUAGCAUCUCAAAUAAUUUAAAUCCAGGUAUAUAUAUCACUUCCUCCUUUUCUUCCAGAUUGAUAUUCAGAAAUUCCUUUUAUACUGUGAUCCCCUAAUGGCAAUGCAGGAAGGAUGUUGUGAGAUCCUACCAGCUGGAGUAAGUAAGAUUCUACAUACCUGUGCUGAAGUUAUCAUGCAUGUAUACUAGCAUUAUUAAGUGGGGGAUUUCAGCUCUCUUAACAUAAAGCACUUUACAAUGAUCGAAACCUUGACCCACAAAUAGUUUCCUGACAUUUUUAUUUGUUUAUCCAUUCUUAUGAAGAGUUAGGGGAAAGGUUUGUGGUGUUGUUAAAGCAUUUAGUAUGUAUAUUUGUCUCUAAAUUAAUUCAAAUAGACUCAUGUAAUACUAAAGGUAAUCAGAAGAGACCCAUGGUUCUUAGUUCAAAGCAAGAAAUUGCAUAAUUCAUUGGAUUUAUAAUGUAUAAUGUAUGCUCUACUGCUUCCAAUUGAACUAUUUUAUAGCCCACUGCUGCUUUAAUUUAUGGGUAAUUCCAAAGAUUUAAACAGAUCAUGGAGUACCAGGAAAAUAUUAGUUCAGUGUUUUUCUGUGAACUCUUAUAUAUGUAAAUACUUACGGUAUACACUUUGUGGAAUACAUGUGAGUGCAUCCCAAAUUCUAGUUUUUUACAUGUAUGGUUAUUUAGUAUACAUCCAUUCAGAUUUAACCAAAAAAAAUUACCUACCAAAAGCAAAACAUUUUUGAACAAAUUGAUCCGAAACUUUUCAGAUUCAUUAGUUUUCAUCAGGAUAGCAAAUUAAUUUUCAUCCUUUAGUUUCGUAAUAAAAAGCUACAAUAUACAGUUGCAAGAAAAGGUAUGUGAACCCUUUGGAAUGAUAUGGAUUUCUGCACAAAUUGGUCAUAAAAUGUGAUCUGAUCCUCUUCUGAAACUGUAAUUAGUCUAAUACUAUCCUUACCUUUUUGUGUCAUUUUACCCCACUCCCUCUAGCAUGUAAGCUCAUUGAGCAGGGCCCUCAACCCCUCUGUUCCUGUGUGUCCAACCUGUCUGGUUACAAAUACAUGUCUGUUCGUCCACCCAUUGUAAAGCGCUGCAGAAUUUGACGGCGCUCUAUAAAUAUAAUAAUAAUAAUAAUAAUAAUAAUCUAAGUCACAACAAUAGACAAUCACAGUCUGCUUAAACUAAUAACACACAAAGAAUGAAAUGUUGCCAUGUUUUUAUUGAACACACCAUGUAAACAUUCACAGUGCAGGUGGAAAAAGUAUGUGAACCCUUGGAUUUAAUAACUGGUUGAACCUCCUUUGGCAGCAAUAACUUCAACCAAACAUUUCCUGUAGUUGCAGAUCAGACGUGCACAACGGUCAGGAGUAAUUCUUGACCAUUCCUCUUUACAGAACUGUUUCAGUUCAGCAAUAUUCUUGGGAUGUCUGGUGUGAAUCGCUUUCUUGAGGUCAUGCCACAGCAUCUCAAUCGGGUUGAGGUCAGGACUCUGACUGGGCCACUUCAGAAGGCGUAUUUUCUUCUGUUUAAGCCAUUCUGUUGUUGAUUUACUUCUAUGCUUUGGGUCAUUGUCCUGUUGCAACACCCAUCUUCUGUUGAGCUUCAGCUGGUAGACAGAUGGCCUUAAGUUCUCCUGCAAAAUGUCUUGAUAAACUUGGGAAUUCAUUUUUCCUUCGAUGAUAGCAAUCCGUCCAGGCCCUGACGCAGCAAAGCAGCCCCAAACCAUGAUGCCCCCACCACCAUACUUCACAGUUGGGAUGAGGUUUUGAUGUUGGUGUGCUGUGCCUUUUUUUGCCACACAUAGUGUUGUGUGUUUCUUCCAAACAACUCAACUUUGGUUUCAUCUGUCCACAGAAUAUUUUGCCAGUACUGCUGUGGAACAUCCAGGUGCUCUUGUGCAAACUGUAAACGUGCAGCAAUGUUUUGUUUGAACAGCAGUGGCUUCCUCUGUGGUAUCCUUCCACGAAAUCUAUUCUUGUUUAGUGUUUUACGUAUUGUAGAUUCACUAACAGGGAUGUUAGCAUUUGCCAGUGACUUUUGUAAGUCUUUAGCUGACACUUUAGGAUUCUUCUUCACCUCAUUGAGCAGUCUGCGCUGUGCUCUUGCAGUCAUCUUUACAGGACGGCCACUCCUAGGGAGAGUAGCAGCAGUGCUGAACUUUCUCCAUUUAUUGACAAUUUGUCUUACUGUGGACUGAUGAACGGCAAGGCUUUUGGAGAUACUUUUAUAACCCUUUUCAGCUUUAUGCAAGUCAACAAUUCUUAAUCGUAGGUCUUCUGAGAGCUCUUUUGUUUGAGGCAUCAUUCACAUCAGGCAAUGCUUCUUGUGAAAAGCAAACCCAGAACUGGUGUGUGUUUUUUAUAGGGCAGGGCAGCUGUAACCAACACCUCCAAUCUCAUCUCAUUGAUUGGACUCCAGUUGGCUGACAUCUCACUCCAAUUAGCUCUUGGAGAUGUCAUUAGUCUAGGGGUUCACAUACUUUUUCCACCUGCACUGUGAAUGUUUAGAUGGUGUGUUCAAUAAAAACAUGGCAACAUUUCAUUCUUUGUGUGUUAUUAGUUUAAGCAGACUGUGAUUGUCUAUUGUUGUGACUUAGAUGAUGAUCAGAUCACAUUUUAUGACCAAUUUGUGCAGAAAUCCUUAUCAUUCCAAAGGGUUCACAUACUUUUUCUUGCAACUGUAUGUAUUAUUUAUUUAUAUAUAUUUAGAACAAAAAAGAAACCUUGCACUCCUACCUACAGCCUUAGGGACUUGGUGCUUGAAAGCACUGAAAUGUAUACAAACGAAAGGUAUCAGCACUCCAAGGUUUUCCAAAUCAAAGGUUUACUUGAAAAAAGGUGUCAAAAUAUAUAUAUAUAUAUAUAUAUAUAUAUAUACACUAAACAAAAUUAUAAACACAACACUUUUGUUUUUGCCCCCAUUUUUCAUGAGCUGAACUGAAAGACCUAAGUUUUUUUCUAUGUACACAAAAGGUCUAUUUCUCUCAAAUAUUGUUCAUAAAUCUGUCUUAAACUGUGUUAGUGAGCACUUCUACUUUGCCGAGAUAAUCCAUCCAACUCACAGGUGUGGUAUAUCAACAUGCUGAUUAGACAGCAUGAUUAUUGCACAGGUGUGCCAUAGGCUGGCCAAAAUAAAAGGCCACUCUAAAAUGCGCAGUUUUAUCACACAGCACAAUUCCACAGAUGUUGCAGGUUUUGAGGGAGCGUGCAAUUGGCAUGCUGACUGCAGGAAUGUCCACCAGAGCUGUUGCCCGUAAACUGAAUGUUCAUUUCUCUACCAUAACCGAGAUAAUCCAUCCACCUCACAGGUGUGGCAUAUCAAGAUACUGAUUAGACAGCAUGAUUAUUGCACAGGUGUGCCUAAGGCUGCCCACAAUUAAAGGCCACUCUAAAAUGUGCAGUUUUACUGUAUUGGGGAUGUCCGGGGGGGUCUGAAAACCAGUCAGUAUCUGCUGUGACCACCAUUUGCCUGACGAAGUGCAACACAUGUCCUUUGCAUAGAGUUGAUCAAGUUGUUGAUUGUGGCCUGUGGAAUGUUGGUCCACUCCUCUUCAAUGGCUGUGCGGAGUUGCUGGAUAUUGGCAGGACCUGGAACAUGCUGUUGUAUACGCUGAUCCAGAGCAUCCCAGCCAUCGAAUGUGAGCAUUUGCCCACUCAAGUCGGUUACGACGACAAACUGCAGUCAGGUCGAGACCCCAAUAAGGACAAUGGGCAUGCAGAUGAGCUUCCCUAAGACAGUUUCUGACAGUUUGGUUAUGCAAACCGAUUGUUUCAGCAGCUGUCCGGGUGGCUGGUCUCAGACGAUCUUGGAGGCGAAGAUGCUGGAUGUGAAGGUCCUGGGCUGGUGUUGUUACACGUGGUCUGCGGUUGUGAGGCCGGUUGGAUGUACUUCCAAAUUUUCUGAAACGCCUUUGGAGAUGGCUUAUGGUAGAGAAAUGAACAUUCAAUUUACGGGCAACAGCUCUGGUGGACAUUCCUGCAGUCAGCAUGCCAAUUGCACGCUCCCUCAAAACUUUCGAUAUCUGUGGCAUUGUGCUGUGUGACAAAACUGCACAUUUUAGAGUGGCGUUUUAUUGUGGCCAGCCUGAGGCACACCUGUGCAAUAAUCAUGCUGUCUAAUCAGCAUCUUGAUAUGCCACACCUGUAAGGUGGAUGGAUUAUCUCGGCAAAGGAGAAGUGCUAACUAACACAGAUUUAGACAGAUUUGUGAACAAUAUUUGAGAGAAAUAGGAAUUUUGUGUCAUAGAAAAAGUCUUAAAUCUUUGAGUUCAGCUAAUGAAAAAUAGGGGAAAAACAAAAGUGUUGUGUUUAUAAUUUUGUUCAGUGUGUAUAUAUAUAUAUAUAUAUAUAUAUAUAUAUAUAUUCAAGUUUUAUGCUAUUAGACAGGUCUUAAAAGUUAAUCACCACUGCAAGCCUGUAGGGUCCAUGGCACCAUCACCAUUGAUAAAGUUCUUCUUGCCAGGGCAAAAUUUUCACUUGCCAUUGGCUAGUGGCGAGUGCAGAUUUUAAGCACUGCUAUUAGUAAAAAUACAUUUUAUAUGACAUAUCUCUAGAUGAUGUAAAGAUUUCCCUUUCUAUCUCACAAUGCAGUGUGGUCCAGAGGCUCCCAAAACUAGACGUAAUACAGAGGCUUCUGAGAACAUGCCGGACAGCAAUCUCAUUGAGUUAUCUUCUAAAUUCAAAACCCAGAGCUACACUCGAUGCUUCUGUUUAGAGGAUUCAUUGCAAAAGAAGGUAUGGAUUAUAUGUUCUAUAUAAUGGUAUUUAUUGCACACAAAAAUCAUGUAUCUAUGUAAGUGAAUAUUACUGUUUCUGAAUAUAUUCAUAAACAAAGUCAAUGUACCAUUUAACUAAGAAUACAAGUGAUACUUUAAGGGACACUAUAGUCACCAGAACAACUACAUAUUAUUGCAGUUGUUCUGGUGAGUAUAAUCAUUCUCUUCAGGCUUUUUGCUGUAAACACUGUUUGUUUCAGAGAAAAUGCAGUGUUUACAUUACAGCCUAGGGAUACCUCUACUGGCCACUCCUCAUUACUGAUGAACUCAGCAAAUCCAAUGCAGCCUCAUAGAGAUGCAUUAGCUGAAUGCUCUCCUAUGGUGAGCGUUUGCGUCUUCAUACUGAGUGUGAACAUGCCGAAUGUCGGUCCUGCAUAUAUUUCAGGACUGUAAAAGGAAGAGCCUCUAGUGUCUCAGAAUAGGCAGUGUUUUUAUUACUGCCUAUAGGAUUGCAGGAACACUAUUUUUUUUACCAGAACCACUACAUUAAAUCUAGUGGCUCUGGUGCUUAGAGUAUCCAUUUAACUUCCCCAUGUUCAAACAGAAAUGCUUUAUUAUCAGUUUGAAUGAGAAGUACCAAAUAAAAUAGUCCUUCAAAGUAAUACUUCAAGCACCAUAACCACUGCAGCCCACUUGUGCACCAUAUACUGUAAGUUAACCACUAUAACAGUUGUAGAUAAGUAGUUGAACUGUUUGGUUUAACAACAAAGAUGGAUGCCCAAGGCUGCAUCCCCCCACCUGAUAUUCUCCUGCAGCAAAAUCCCAUUAGUAAGACAGAGAUACGCAGGACAAUGAAGGUCAUUGGCAGAGCAUGGUCCUGGAUCCACCAUGCUUAACAAAGACUCUGUAGUAGAACUGAAAUGUUCUCACUGCCAUGAACCUCUUAAGGUCUUCUUAAAGCCAACCAGAGUGCCUCGACUCUUCUUUGUAUUUGAUGUAUCUCCUACAGGAGAGUACCAAAUUCAGCACAGUGGUCAUGGUGGUAGGAGUCUCUAUAAGGCAGCGUUUCUCCUUGAAAUGCUACACAUCAAAAGAUAAUUAGACUUCCGUGUAGUGUGCACUGUUGACAGACAUGGUCAGAUUUUGCUCUGUCUGCCCUCUCUUCCUCCCUACUUGCAGUCUCUCCCAGAACUACCCACCCCUCAAUAUGAAUGUAUUUAUUUUUAAAAAGCCAUCAUCAUCCACUCCAUCUCCUCACUGUCUCCAAGCGUGAGAAUGAGAAUGGUCUAAUCAAAUGGUUCUAUUUGAGUAGCAUUUGAUUGGACAAUGCUGCAUUUUAUGAGAGAAGUUGGGGAACUAAUGAGCCAUGUCCAAUAGGGCAUUCUACUUUGAAUUAAAAUGUUGUUUAAAAAAGAGUAACCAUUUUAACAACUUACUGCUGGGAGGGCACUCCUGCUUAUAGAAAUCUUUUACAUUGUAAGCUCGUUUGAGCAGGUUUUUCUUCACCUCUAAAAUAUGCCCAUUCUAUAAUUGUAAAGUUCUGCAGAAUAUGUUGUCACUAAAUAAAUGCUAAAAAUACUACUGCAUUGUGUAUAUCUUCUACAUAUAUAACAUGGCAGGCUACACAUAGAAAUAUAUCUCCAGUAAAAAAAUAAAUAUGUAAAUAAAACCCUUAUAUGGAACUACACUGAACAAAAUUAUAAAAGCAACACUUUUGUUUUUGCCCCCAUUUUUCAUGAACUGAACUCAAAGAUCUAAGACAUCUCCUUUGCCAAGAUAAUCCAUUCACCUCACAGGUGUGGCAUAUCAAGAUGCUGAUCAGACAGCAUGAUUAUUGCACAGGUGUGCCUUAGUCUGGCCACAAUAAAAGGCCACUCUAAAAUGCGCAGUUUUAUCACACAGCACAAUGCCACAGAUGACGCCCCCCGGACCUUCCCAAUACAGUAAAACUGCACAUUUUAGAGUGGCCUUUUAUUGUGACCAGCCUAAGGCACACCUGUGCAAUAAUCAUGCUGUCUAAUCAGCAUCUUGAUAUACCGCACCUGUAAGGUGGAUGGAUUAUCUCGGCAAAGGAGAAGUGCUCACUAACACAGUUUAAGACAGAUUUGUGAACAAUAUUUGAGAGAAAUAAGCCUUCUGUGUACAUAGAAAAAGUCUUAGAUCUUUGAGAUCAGCUCAUGAAAAAUAGGGGCAAAAACAAAAGUGUUGCGUUUAUAAUUUUGUUUAGCAUAUAUAUUAUUUAUUUCAUUUUUUAGCUAAACAUUUUUUUUUCAAAAAAGUCCACCUUUGAUUGAAGCAUAUCUUUAUAUAUUCAUGUAAUUUUAGAAUCCCAUAAUGUUCUGUUUGCACAAGUAAGUCAUUUUUCCAGUGAACAGAAAUCAGUAGAUCUGGGAUGUGAAUGCUCUAUAAUUGAUUUAUUAGUCCCACAUGCAAUUCCUGGCUUAUACUAACAAGAGUACAUGCCAUGUCUGCUCCCUGCCGUCACGUGCAUCUCUAUAAGCUUUCUAUAGCUUUCUGCCCUCGAGGUAUCCCACACCUCAUCUUUCAAGUACAUGUUGAGCAUCCACAGUGAAUUCAUGAUGAUCUGUAGCACACCCAUUAUGUAAAAUCACUUUGAACAUAAGGUGGGCAGGUCUAUAUCAAGCUGUAGGCUGAGACAGGGUGUAAUCUAUAUAGGACAAGCAGGGGAGCAGCAUGAAAUACCUUGUAGAGUAGCAAUCAUUCAUUGGAGGUGCAGUAUUGCAAAUAUGUGCCACUAGAAGGGAGGUACUUGUAAUCUGUACAGUGUGCGCUAGUGAGAAAAAUAUCUCAACUGAGAAAAAUUCCUGUACAUGAUUGAUUUAUCUAAGUACUUGCUCUUUAUGAAAUCUGCAUAGAUCUGCCUAAUGCACACCAAAAGUUAUUAAAAAGUGCUCUUUGUUUAUACAUUAUAAACACAAAUUACAAUAUAUGGUACUAAAAAAAUCAUAAGCACACAUACAGAAACAACCAGAGAAAAUAUAAUUGUAUAUGAAAUAAUCCAGAGAAGUACGAUUGCGCUUAUUGAUACCAGUUGGCAGUUGGAUGGGUUCAGACACAGCUACCUGCCCCCCAAUGUCAGGAUGUUGCAUUAUUUACAGAGCGUGGCAGCUGACAACAUCUUAUUUAGGGAGCCAACUCACAUGGGGCAUUGAAUGUCUCAUCUCACCAUGUGGUCAGUGGCAAAUAUCCAGGGACAUCAUAUAUACUUACUGUAGACAGGCAGCCCGGUCAGCCUAAUAUAGUGCAGUCCAACAGGCUCCUUAAUGCACUGCCCCGUCCAUAUUAUUAUUAUUAUUUAUUGUAUUAUUUAUAAUGCCAGCAAAUUUCUGCACAUAUGUAUGUCCAGCUAUCUAUCUAUCUAUAGCCUAAAGGAUAGAGAGUAUAUGUAUACAAAAAUAUCCAAAUACAAGUGAACGGGAUGUCACUAUAAAAUCAUUCUCCAUAGACACAUGAUAGAGACAGAAUAGUAGUCUGAGUGAAAAAAAAAACAAAUAAAUAUAGAUUAAAAUAAGAUAAAGUAUGCUCCUAUAUACACCGGAGUAUAUAGAUAAUUAGAUAAUUAGGUACUGUGGCUUGUGUCUACUAAAUGAGCUUUGUUAAAUCUGGCUCUGUGUAUAUCAAGACACUCCCAAAUACAAAAUCCCAAAUAUUUACCGCACUCAAAAGACUUCAAACAGGAGGUAGUGAGUAUUAAUAAUACUUAAAGAUAAUAAGGAAAUUAGAGGAAUCUCUAUUGGGGAUGGUAAAGCAAGGCUAGUCUCUAUGCAGACGACGUUCUGUUGACUUUAACAGACCCUGAGACAUUGAUAGAAUACCUUUUAAAUGAGAUUAAAAUAUAUGGAGAGUACUCUAACUAUAAACUCAAUAUUAAUUAAUCACAAGCUAUGUCAGUGGGAAUGAAUAAAAAUGAAAUGGUAAUUCUUACUCAUAAGUUUUCAUUCAUGUGGAAAGAUAAAUACAUUGACUACUUAGGGAUCAAAAUUAAAAAAUAGUUGUGAUGAACUAUUAAAUGAACUUUCAAAAAAACUGGGAGAAUGGAGAAAUCUGCCCCUAUCAUGGAUGGGCAAAAUUAACAUUAUUAAAUCAUAUAUUACCUAGAUGGCUCUACAAUAUGAGACUAAUCCCCAUUCAACUCCCUUUCUUCUUCUGCACACAAUUUCAAUCCACAGUAGAAAAAUGUAUUUGGUCAAAAAAGAAACCAAAAAUUGCAAAAAAAAAUCUUAUAUAGAGAUAAGUCCAAGGGGGCAUGUGUUCCCCUAAUUUGAGCCUUUAUAGUCGAAUUUACGCAAUGAUGCAUGUACAUGCUAUUCAUUCAUAUUCCUUUAGAACUAAAGAUUGGUUCAUUAUUGAACAAAAAAUAUUGAAUAUCAAGAAUUAUAAUAAUCUCUUAUGGCUGAAUAACUUAAUAGCCAAAAAAAUAUACACAACUCUAAAGGGAUUUUUGUAAUCAAAAACAUUAUUUCUUUCUGGUGGAAAAUGAAGAAUAGCAUUGAAUUAAGAGAUAAAAUAAUAACUCAAACUCCCAUCGAAAUAAUUGAAUAUAACAUACUAGAUCUGAACAAGAUGAAGUGGUUUAACAACAAAAAGGUGAUUGACUUUAUGGAGGGUGCUCAGUUAAAAACAUACAAUCACUUAAUAAUGGAAUAUGAAAUCCCAAGAAAGGAUUAUUAUAAUCUGAUUCACAUAAAAAAACUAAAUUUCUGGGCAUCUUCUAACUACUUUAAACCCCAAUGCCAUGAAACUGAUAGAUAAACUCUUUGCAGCUCAUUCAAAUCAAAAUAUCUUUACAAAGGUUCAAUGUUUUUUGAAAUCCCUUGAAAAGGAAAAUGGAGUGAGAGCCCAGACUGCAUGGUAUAAAGACCUUGGCACAGUGAUAGAUAGCAUGGCAUGGGCUAAUAGCUGACUACACGUUGGGAGAGUUACCUUUGUUUAAAUAUCCAAGAAUUACACUAUAAAAUAAUGCAUAGAUGGCAUGUAGUCCCCACUAGAAUGCAUAAAAGUGAUUCUAAUCACAGUGCCCUGUGUUGGAGAUGUGGCCUAAGGGAAGGAACAUUUGAACAUGUAUGGUGGUCUGUAGACUAGUCCACAAUACAUGGUCUAAGGUUUUUCUAAUAAUCUCAGAUAUUUUAAAGACAAAACUCAUAACUUCUCCAGAAAAAGCCUUAUUACAUUUAAAGCUGGAUGGAUUAAAUAAGCAAGGGAAAUUGUUGACUAUCCAGAUCUUUAUGGCCAUGAAGUUAGUAAUAUCAAGAAUGUGGAAUAAAAAGCAGGACAUUUUGCUGAUAGCUGUUUUAAAUCAAGUACAUUUUCAAUGCAGGGUGGAUAAAGGCUAUUUUUCGGCUCUUCAAAGCUUUGGUUCAUAUAUAAAAAUUUGGGAGCCUUGGUUAAAUUCAGAUCUUGAGUGCUAAAUAUUUGGCCUUUCUUUUUCAUUUUAGAUUUGUAUGAUAAAGGGAGGGGGGACUUCCAUGCAGACCAUGUCUUGUCCUGUUUUAUUUUCUACGAUUUGUAAGCUGCCACAGACCUUUUAUAGAGAGGAUUUCUUUUACAUAAAUAUCAUUCUAGUCGCAUAAAUUAUGUAUUGUCUAGGCAGCUUGGAUAUGUAUAAUUGGAGAAGCGUACUUAUAAUAACUGUUUUAUAGAUUAAUCAAUCUAUAAUACUCCAACUUUAUAUGUGAAUAAUAUAAAAAAAGUAUUAAAAAAUUAUAUUGGAUAAUAUUUAGUUUUUAAUAAUUCAUCUUAAAAAAAUUAGCAGAUGUUUCAGUCCCACCAAGGGGACUUUCAUCAAUACAAAUAAAGGUUUUUCAUUUGUCUUGAUGAAAGUCCCCUUGGUAGGACUGAAACAUCAACUUAUUUUAAGGAUAAAUUAUUAAAAGCUAAGUAUUAUCAAUACUCACCAUCUUCGGUUUGAAGUCCUUUGAGUGCGUUAAUUUUUUUGGAUUAUAUAUAUAUAUAUAUAUAUAUAUACACACUGCUCAAAAAAAUAAAGGGAACACAAAAAUAACACAUCCUAGAUCUGAAUGAAUUAAAUAUUCUUCUGAAAUACUUUGUUCAUUACAUAGUUGAAUGUGCUGACAACAAAAUCACACAAAAAUGAAAAAAUGGAAAUCAAAUUUUUCUGGAUUUAGAGUCACACUCAAAAUUAAAGUGGAAAAACACACUACAGGCUCAGUAGUUUGUAUGUCCUCCGCGUGCCUGUAUGACCUCCCUACAACGCCUGUGCAUGCUCCUGAUGAGGUGGCGGAUGGUCUCCUGAGGGAUCUCCUCCCAGACCUGGACUAAAUCAUCUGCCGACUCCUGGAAAGUCUGUGGUGCAACAUGACGUUGGUGGAUGGAGCGAGACAUGAUGUCCCAGAUGUGCUCAAUUGGAUUCAGGUCUGGGGAAUGAGCGGGCCAGUCCAUAGCAUCAAUGCCUUUGUCUUGCAGGAACUGCUGACAAACUCCAGCCACAUAAGGUCUAGCAUUGUGUUGCAUUAGGAGGUACCCAGGGCCAACCGCACCAGCAUAUGGUCUCACAAGGGGUCUGAGGAUCUCAUCUCGGUACCUAAUGGCAGUCAGGCUACCUCUGGUGAGCACAUGGAGGGCUGUCCGGCCCGCCAAAGAAAUGCCACCCCACACCAUUACUGACCCACUGCCAAACUGGUCAUGCUGGAGGAUGUUGCAGGCAGCAGAACGUUCUCACGGCAUCUCCAGACUCUGUCAUGUCUGUCACAUGUGCUCAGUGUGAACAUGCUUUCAUCUGUGAAGAGCACAGGGCGAAUUUUCCAAUCUUGGUGUUCUUUGGCAAAUACCAAACGUCCUGCACGGUGUUGGGCUGUAAGCACAACCCCCACCUGUGGACGUCGGGCCCUCAUACCACCCUCAUGGAGUCUGUUUCUGACCGUUUGAGCAGACACAUGCACAUUUGUGGCCUGCUGGAGGUCAUUUUGCAGGGCUCUGGCAGUGCUCCUCCUGUUCCUCCUUGCACAAAGGCAGAGGUAGCAUUCCUGCUGCUGGGUUGUUGCCCUCCUACAGCCUCCUACAUGUCUCCUGGUGUACUGGCCUGUCCCCUGGUAGCGCCUCCAUGCUCUGGACACUACGCUGACAGACACAGCAAACCUUCUUGCCACAGCUCGCAUUGAUGUGUCAUCCUGGAUGAGCUGCACUACCUGAGCCACUUGUGUGGGUUGUAGACUCCGUCUCAUGCUACCACUAGAGUGAAAGCACCGCCAGCAUUCAAAAGUGACCAAACCAUCAGGAAGCAUAGGAACUGAGAAGUGGUCUGUGGUCACCACCUGCAGAACCACUCCUUUAUUGGGGGUGUCUUGCUAAUUGCCUAUAAUUUCCACCUGUUGUCUAUCCCAUUUGCACAACAGCAUGUGAAAUUGAUUGUCACUCAGUGUUGCUUCAGUUUGUGGACAGUUUGAUUUCACAUAAAUUUCAUUGACUUGGAGUUACAUUGUGUUGUUUAAGUGUUCCCUUUAUUUUUUUUUAGCAGUGUAUAUAAAAAAACAAGAAAUUAGGACUAUAGAGUAUAGAGAUAGUGGCUGUAGUGUUUUGGGAUGAUAGUCCACCAACCCAUGUAUCAACCCACACUAUGCCAGGCUUGCUAAGGCCAUACACAAUGUCUGCCUGCUUCCUUCCCCCUGCAAUACUAUGAAAACAAACAUCACAACACACAUCCCACUGAUUUUCAUUAGAAUGAUUAGGGGCUGCAUCCCAUGACCCCAUUGUCAGGCAUCCUGUGCUAGUAGCCCAGUUGGCAAUUGUUCCCCUGCCAGUUGCCAGACCUCCCAUGGAUGAAAGUCUAUAGAGCUCUAAAAACUUAAAUAUCAAAACUAAGUGAGGCUCAUUCUGAAGCAGAAAUAUGCUUAUAUCCAAUGAACAUGGUGGAAACAUAUGGUGGAAAAAUAUGCAGUCUUGGCCCAGACACAUUUUUUUAUUCAUUAAACAGAAUUAUAGUGAACUAAAAAUGAAUUUGAUAAUGCAGGCAAAAUAUGCUGAUUUGGAAAUAUUUUCCAGUCCAAAUAUAGCCACAGCUAAAUCACAUCUUGGCUAUUUUACUAUAAAUUUAGCAAAUUCUUUUUCAGUUUACUACACUUCACUAUUAACUAAAUAAACCCAUUUAAUGCACAAGGGAUUUAAUUACACAAUCAUUUAUCUAUACUCUAAGCCAUGGGUCCUCAAACUCCAAACUCCAGAUGUUGCUGAACUACAACUCCCAUGAUUCUUUGAAUUACAUAGAUAGCCAGAGAAUCAUGGGAGUUGUAGUUCAGCAACAUCUGGGGGGCCAGAGUUUGAGGACCCCUGCUCUAACCUAAUGUAACAUUGGUCAAAAGGCUCACUGUGUUUGGUAAAACUAGGUUAAAAGUACGUAGUUACACUACAACCAAUGCAUUUCAGUGUAGGUUGUUAUAAUGCUUAGAAUAUCCAUUUACCUGGGGCUGGGAUGAGUUGACUUAUUUUUGUUGGCUCAAUUUUUUACUCCUUUAUCAGCUCACCACAAUUCAAUGUUUAGUGAAUUAAAACGUUUAAUGUGUAGUUAGACAAGUGUGAUUUUUAACUAUGUCUGCUUUGUUGGGAUAAUUAAGACAUGUUUUAUUAGGAAAUCAAUGCAGGCUCAUUUGUAAUAAUUCAUUCGAAAUUUCAUUUUUUAUUGAGCAUCCAUAAAUUCUAAAGUACAUGGUGUAAAUUGUGUCAAAGUUAAACUGUUCCUCACAUCUGUUCUUUCAGUUCUCAGUAUGAGUUCAAUCCUAAUAACCCCUGAAUGUUACUUUGAACCCCUCAUCUGUUUUUCAUCUUUAAUAAAUGGUCACGUGUUGGAUGGCUUGUGGAGGAUCCUUGCUGUCUGUAGAUCUAAGAACGAUAAAGCAAAAUGCAAAAAAAAAAAAAGGAGCAUGGAAGAAGGAGGGAGAGAAGGGUAGAUGUGGUAAAGCCACCCGAAACGCAUUACAUAAACCUCAAAAACCAUUAGUGGUGAAGGGUUUGGAAAGAAACCGUCUUAUUUCUGCUUAACGUGGCUCCAUCUAAAUGCUGACUAAGCAAGACUCUUUAAACUCCAUUUCUUGGGAACACAGUGAAAAAAACUGGCCAAGAAAGGGAAUAGCAGGGGAACUAAGCAUGAUUUCAGAAAGAUCCCUGGCUGCACUGUAAUGCUAUAAAUAUAUCCACAAUAUUAAAGAAACCGUAGAGCCGCACAAAGAAAAUAUAUAAUCAAAGCCUUGUGACACGUACAUUUGUCUCAUUUUACAAUUGCCCAAUCCCUCAAUGCAAAUGUGACAGAAUUCAACAUUUUGUUAACAUCUGGACAAUUUCCAUAAUGAAAACAAAUCUUUGCCAAAGAUAUUCAAAAAACCUAAGUCCAAACGAGUCCAAAUUUCAUACAUUUUAUAAAAAAAACAUGAAUGCACUAGUUGAGACGGUCAGCACAUGUCAUCUCAAUUUUUCCAUCUCUAGCUUUGCAGUUGAAAUGAAGAAUAUACUAAAUCAUCUGUUGUACAUAUAAAUAAGCAAAGACGUGUGCGAGUGCAUAUUUGUAUAUGCAUACACACGUAUACAUAAAUUCCGUUCCUGUGAUAAUUAUUUAUAAAUCCCACUAAUUGACCGUAAUAUUUUUACCCUUACUCUGUGACUGUGUACAAUUUUCCUACCUAAAAUAUAUAUAUAAAUAAAAGUGAAAAUUAUUUGAAUUGGCGUUGAAAUGUAGAUCUAGAAUGCUGACACACUGAACGGUGAAUGUCUCUUUGACAUUCUGAAUCUGUGAAGGCCCAGGUCUUAUUCUGCAGAACAAACUCCAUUCAUGCUCCUUAGUGUGCAUGCAUCACUCUUUCCACUGCUAUGUUCAGCCAGAAAUAUGGAAAAGGGACGAGACGGACGGUGGGGAAGUGGUUUGCUGAGCCAGAUAGGGGUGGAGAAUGUCCUUCUUCUGAGGUUUCAAAAGCCUUCCAAGAACGAAGGAAAUGAAAAGAGAUUUUGUUCUUGGUGUGUGGGAACAAUUCAUUCCACAUACAGCUAGACUAUAACAAAGGAAUGUAAGUCUGUCAGUUUGUACAAAUAAUUUAGGACAUGCUACCCAAAAAUCCACAGCUAGCACACAACAUUGCUCACCUUACUACUGGCAAUUGGCCUUCAGCUCAGAAUCAUACUCUAAACUCGCAUACACAUUUCAGUCUUGUUUCUGCCAACAUUCAUUACAGUGCUCUAACUUCUCAUACUCUACUUUGCAUUUUUUCUGAAAUUCCCCUUGCUUAUCAGUAUAAUAUAUCUCUUAAUAAGCAGUGAGACGCCAUGCAAUGGUAUCAUCCCAAUGCACGUAUUUUCUGUUGCCUUACUCAUGGAAGUAUACUAUUUAAUAUCAUUUAUACUUUCAGGGACUGAGGCUGUGUAUAUUCGCGUCUAAUUUCAGUGAAACAAAGCCUAGAUCAUUCUUCUAAUAUUACUGUUAUUACAGGAGCCAAGUAGAGUAAAGCUGAUGCUUUUCUUGUAGUAAGUACAUUUAUACCAAUGUUCUUAACACACAUUGUACAUAGUGAUAUGUACCUUCUCCUUUAAACACAUUUGCACAGUACCUUUCUUACAAGCAAGAACAUUAGGCCAGGACAACAAGAAACAAGUUAUUUAUCAUUCGUCUGUAACGUUCUGAGCUGCAUAAUGUUUAACUUCCGAAGCCAAUCCAUGCAGGUGUUAAAAGCCCUUCAGAAAUUGAGUGGCAAUCAGGAUGCCAGGCAGAUUGCCAGUACAGGCUGUCCAAAAGUAUUGUAACAUAAUAAAAAUUCCUUGCUACAAUAUUAGCCAAUAUUUAAAGUGUUGAAUAGUGCAUUAAUUGUACCUGUAUUGAUUUUUUUCUUUCUGAGUGCUGAACACGCCUGGUAAUAUAAUGUUCCUGAUGCUGUGUCCAUUGAGAAAUAAUAUUUGUAACUGGUGUAUGUUUUUUGUUUUGAUGUUGGAUCUUUUUUUAGUAAAGGCUAGCCUUAUUCACACACAAAGAUUGCUGUAGGGCACACACUUUUAGAUGCAUCACAUUGAUGAUAACCAGAUAAUGGCCAGAUAAUGGCAAAUACGAUUUUGUCGUGUAUGUGGGAGAGAGAGAUUUGGAUUAUGUUUUGACAGGUUUCAAUUUAUGUAGGGAGAAAGGUGCAUCUGUUUCUGUAUAUUUUCAGGAUGCUCCUCACCAUCGGAUGUGUGACAUAAUGCGGAGGAUUCUCUAUUUCUAGCAGGCUUAUGGUUGCCUUGUGGCUAAUCCUGCUCUGCGAACAGGAACAAUCCUGCCACUGUUUCCUUGUCUUUCCUGAGAUUUUGGAGGCUCUCUCUAUUGUAUAAGGCAUUGUGACAGGUGUGAUUAUACCUGAAUGUCUGAUUGUAGGUAAUGAAUUUUAGUUUUCAAGACAAUAAAGAAUUGAUACUGGCUGCUGGGACUAAAAGGCUGAUAUUUGUGAGGAAGUGUCAUGAUAAUGAGGUUACUGUAUGUGCAAAAGUAAAUUUCCAUGUACCUUCUGGAGUCCCUCUUUACUUGCUGUUCAUAUGAUCACAAUGUCAUGUAUAUGGUGUUCGCUGAGUUAGGUGCAUAUGUAGUCAUUUUCCAACAUUGCCAUAAACCGAUUUGCAAAUGUUGGUGCCAUUCAUGACUCCUUUUUCAGAAAGUCCAGCCAUGUGUGAAAUUAUUGCUGGUGAGUAUAAACUGAAGAGUAAAAAGCUGUUCAAGGUUUUUUGGCACAGUGGCAGAAUCAACAUUAAUAAUGGUGGAGAUAGGAUGUUCUGAGGUGAAGUCAGCUUAUUUGUGGCUAGACAUUUGUGGCAUCCUGAAAGUAACUGUCACGAUACUUAGCUACCCAACACGCAGUGUGUAUAUGAUAAUAAAUAUGACAACAUAUACCGGUCCUUAGAGUGGCCGGGUUUAAUGUUGUUAGGUAUAGAAUGGUCAGGGACAAGCCGAGUCACAGAGACCAGAUAGCAGAGAAGCGAAAACCAAUAGCCGAGUCACAGGAUUACAGAAUUGAGAAUAGUUAGGAUAGCAGAGUUCAAUAAACCAGAAAUUCAGAAAAUACACAAGCACUAUUGGGAACAAACUAGAACCACAACAGGGAAAUGAUCCUUGCCUUAUUGUGCCUUUUUAUAGUCUGAGGCUUUAAUUCUAUAACCACGCCGCAAAACGGUCGAAUUGAACGUUUUGGCAGUCCGUAACAUAUUUUUUGUCAUGAAGCCGGUGCGUGAGAAGAGGAGAGCAAAUGUGGGAAAUGUCUCUCUCCACCAUAUGGGCGUCUCCAGGCUGUUUAUCAGCCUGGGCUACAACAGGUACUGUGACAGUAACAGGGUACUUUUUCACUAGAAGUUCAGAAUGCUUUUCUUAUGAAGAGAGAGAUAUAUUUUUUUUAAAUGUAGCAAUGACUAAUGUAACACCAAUUCCUGGAUUUCCAUUUUAGUGUAUUUUUGGUAGCAUGAACAGGUAUCACAGGCUUUCAAAAUCCUGGGGGUAGCCUUUGUAUAAUCACGUGUACAUUAUAUAAUGUUCUAAUAGCAUUAUUAUAUAGUUUUAUAAUACCCAUAUGAUCCUUCUUGUCUUGCCUAGUGUAGGUUUAUGUCCUGGUUUGGGCGCAUUGCUUUUGAAGUAUUUUGUGUUUUUGAAGUUAUGGAUUUUUGUCUAUAUUGUCAUCAAUUCCUUCACACAUUUCUGAAGAGAUUUUCAGUAUUAUUUUACCACUGUCCAGUCAUGCGUAUUUCUAAAUAUAAUUGUGUCAAAAUACUAUGCAAGCUUUAAACCUAAAGAUGGUAAGAGUCUAAUGUGCCUGAAGCACAAAUUUUAGUGGUAGUGAACGUUUGCACUCUAAAUCUACUUAUCUCCUACAUUUCUACUGUUAACCACACACUACUUAUUAUUGCUAUGUAUGUAAAGUGUCUCCAGCUAGAUGCAAUUAUACAAUAUAUAAUAUAUAUAUCUUUUUUAUUUCUAGGGCGAGAAGGUGACUUCUGGGAUGCCAGUGGAGCUACCACCAGAGGUGAGUGUGAGAUUUGUGUGGACUGUAUUUGGAAAGCAUGCUUGUUCAAUCUUCCAAUGCAGCCCUUCUGAUCACAACUUUAGUAAAAGGUGUUUAAUUUAAGGUUAUGUAGGCACUAGGACCCAGAGACAUCAUAUGGAACAUACUGAAGAAUAUAGAAUGAUUCAGUAAAUAUUUCAAGCAUGACACUUUUAGACAGUAAGCAGUGAAAGCAUAUCUCUGCUCUAGGGCUUAUUUGUUGGCAGUGUUUCAUGUGGGUCAUGACUCAAUUAUCACGCUUAUGCUGUCUGUGGCAUACUACUCUCAGCUCUGUACUCAAGACCCUUUGUUGGAGCGUGUUCCCAAUUAGAAUAACCUGAGUUAUUGGAUAUAAUGAAAAAUGUGGACAUCAAAAGCCUCAUUAUGUGUCAUAUACAGUAAUCUGAAAUGUACAUCUCAAGUAACUUUUAUAUAAACAACAAUAGUUCUGCAGCAUUAAAAUUUGAUCCAUGAUUCCGGAGUUGUAUACUUCAUGAAGAUGGCUAUUGACCAGUUCAGAGGAAUUGCAGUAGUGGAACUAGAAAGACAAAUCAUUCUUAGAACCCUAGAGCUUGGCCGGACAUUCAAGUCACACAAAAGUGGUGCCCCAUAAGCUAUUUAUUCCUAUGAGUUUCCUCAUUGUUAGCGUUGCUGUCCUGUGCCUUUCCAAUAUUUGUGGUCCAGCAUUCACAAUCUCUCACAUACCUACUUACACAACCCAGUGUUUUGCUAACCAUUCUCUCUUAAAUACUUAUCGUAUUCACCCUCUGUAUGAGAGUAUCUAACGAGGGAAUCGUAGUGCUCUUCAAGUGGAAUGCCAAGUUUAACUUAGCUACCGUGAGAAUGAUGAGCAAUACUUUGUGGUUGGGGUGGUGUAUCAGCCCGGGGAUGAUAUGCAGAAGGUAGCUGGUUGGCUUCUUUGGUAUUCUAUAGAGUGUGGUAUCAGAGAUAAAUUUCCCCACCCGGUCCCAGUAUUCUCCCAGGGCCGGACAAUCCCAAAAUGUGUGUAGCAUAGUGCCUAUCUGUGUUUUGCAUCUCCAGCAUAGCUCUGAUGCCUCCUUAUAGAUUUGUGAUAACUUGUAUGGCACCAGGUACCAUCUCAUGGUGAUUUUACAGAAGGCUUCCCGAGUGAUAAACUCCUUGAGGCUCGUUUAGUAAUUGACAUAGCUUCGUGCCAAAGUGACAGAAGUAUCUCAUACCCCAGCUCCUUCUCCCAUUGGAUCAUAGAGGGCAUUUUGUCUUUUGCAGGCCCCUGGAGAAGAGCAUUGUAACAUAGAGAGAGAGGUUUCAAGUGUUUGGCUGAAAGCAUUGAGGGUACAUUCAAAACCGCUUCGGGAAGUACAUCAUGUGUUGUGUCUAACCUGGAAAACAUAAAGUUUUUUACUCUCAUGUACAAAAAUAGGUCUCUCGGUGGUAGCGAGUAUUGUUUUUGGAGCACUGGGAAUGGUUUAAUUUUAUCCCCCUCUAAUAGAUCAUUUACCUUUUGAAUACCUUUUGUGACCCACAGUUUAAUCGGCUCUAGGGUUCUAAGGCCAGGGUAUGUGUCACAAGAACUGUUGCAUAAGCAAUAUCAAUGUGAACCUAACCCCCCCUUUUUUCCUUUCUGUAUUCCCCUCCCUCUAUGUUAUCUUUCUAUGUUAUUCUUAUGUUUUAAUGACACUAAUAUGGAUACAAUUACCGGAGGACAACAGCAUAAUACGUUUAAGCAAAGCUUUGAUGUCAAUCUAGGAAAAAUAGUUGUAAAUUGUCGUAUAGCAAUUGUUUACUCUGUUAUAUGAAAAUGUUAAAGUUUUGAAAUUAUUUGCAUUGAUAACAUUCGCUAAUAAAAAUGAUAUAUGGAAAAAAAAAGAAAGACAAACUAUUCUACUAGAGUACAUAAAAAGCAUUUAAAAUUGUCUUACACAUCAUGUAAAUGUGACGCAAUAUAGACACACAGUCACUGUUUAGGGCAUAACAGUAGUUGCAACUUUGUAAUGCUGAUAACAUUGUCUGGUGUUGUAAACUGCAGAUUUUGACAUAUUUCUGGUCCGAAUGUGCUUUUUCAAGUUAAAGAACAUAACUUACUGGUCCAAAGCAGGUAGUUAAUUUGGCUUUAAGAGAAGACAGGGAGAGACUGAUUGCACAGUGCAGUAUUUGCAAAAUAUGUGUCAGGUAAAUAUAAAUAAUAUCUGCUAAUAAACACUUUGAUUGCUACUUAUUUCAGAAGAUUUGUUUCGCUAAGACAGCUCAGGCAAACCCUCUAAUCAAGAUGUAAUCACUGUUUGGAAAAAUCACACAAUCUUCAGGUGGGCGCUGGGCUAGCGGGAGAAGAAGCUAAGCUGAAUAGAGAUUAGAGCAAGUGGGGACUUGUCAUGUAAAAUGUUAGAAAUGUGGCACUGGAUGGUUAGUCUUUUUAAUGAGCUCGGGGUCAGUUCAUGAUCAAAGUCCUAUUUAUAUAUGAUCCUGUUCCUGAUAACAGUGGGAUAUGCAUUUUAUCUGCCAAACAUUCACCAACAGAUUAAUGUGUUUUUUAUCAACCCAUCUAACCUCACUAGCUAUGGAUGCUGUAUGCUCCUGCACGUUUUAGGCAGAGACAGCACAACCCUUUUAAAGUAUUUUCUAGUAUGUAUUUAUUGCUUGAAAAUUGCUGUGGAAAUUAACUGAUCGCUUAUGUGGCAUGGGAUGAAACAGAAUAUGAUCAAUUACAGGGGCCUGUUAAAUCUCCCAGAGCACAGGGCACUUGCAGGCUUAAUUGAGAUGAGGUGGAUAAAAAGAGAAGAAAAAGAUCAGAGGUUACUACAAAGAAUAUAAAAAGCACAAAGCAUUUGAACACCUGUAGUGCAAACACCUGAACUGUGUUUACUAAGGCACAUUUUCACUGGUCUAUUGGAUUAAGUUAUAUUUAAUGUCUGGAAAGUGCAGAGCUGAAAUGGUAACCCUUCUUUUUCCUCUAAUUACUAUAAUUAUCGCUGCAAUGACUUCCACUGUAACGUCAUAUCUUUACAGUCACUUACAGUCUCAAAUGAGUUCUCAACUUUCAGGGCUCACUCCUACAAAACCGUAGCCUUGAGAACCUAGGAGGUCUCUCAUGUGCCUGGCAAAAAUGAUGGCUUACUGUUGUGGCUGUCUCUCAUUUUGGCAGUCAGAUUUGCUGUGGUUGAUUUACUUUAAAGUACAGUGACACUGACUACUGAACCUGUCAUAGUGCCAGUUGCUGUCCGUGUUACUUUAUAUCGUUAUCUGGUUCUGUCUAACUUCGGCAUAAAGCCGAGCGUUUCUGCUAUUUCUAACAAAGGAAUAGGCAGACUGGACUGCCCUCACUGGACCAUCAUUAAUUUUGCCCAUUUCUAUAUUUGGCAAUCAUCAUGUGAGGCGACCUGAAGGUUACACCCCAUGGGUUCCUGAUGCUAUUAGUACAUUUAUCAGUGCUGCCAGAUACCAGCAACAUCUGGAGAAAAUUGCAAAAUGCCUGCAGUACACAUCAAAUGUAUGCGUUAGCAGUUGAAAAGAUUGGCAAUUCCCCUUAUACUGCAAAUUAACCCAUAGAGAUCAGAGUAAGUAAGUGGAAUGCUAACAAUUCAGUGAUUGUUCCAGCAUUGUUAGGCUGAUAGUGGACUUUGUGAGCUGUCACUCCAGUGGUCAUUACAACCGGUUAUAAAUCCAGCCAAUCCUAUAUUGCACUAGCCAUCGACCAGUUAACAAUAUGCUGUCAGCCAAGUGUUAAGUGCAUGUGUAUGAAUUCAGUAGAUGGAUGCUGUUAACCUUGUUUCUCUUUGCUCUUUCUCUAGUGUGCAUCGUGUGCUUUCCAGCUCCCCGAAGCCAAUGUAAGUAUGCGCCAUAAUAGAGAACAUAUUUAUGGGAUAGGUGUCAAGGUAACAGUAGAUUCUGUUGUUUAUACACUUCUUUUAAGAAAAAAAAAAGUCUGGAAAUUAGACCUUAGCCGUUACAGACACGGAAAAAGUAAGAGCAGAUGUUAUUGUCCAUUUCUAUUAUCUAGUUCAGUACUGCACACGUGGUGACAUCUGGUUUUGAAAUAUAACAAAAAAAACUACUUCCAGCUAUUGAUGGGUUCAACAAUGGCCCUUGAUCAUCUAUACACUGUACUCACUUACUACUAACUGUUAAAUGAGGAGGAACAUUGCUCAAUUCCCAUUUCCUGGAAUGUUUCCAAAAUAUAAAAUUGUCUUUGUAGUUUUAUUUCUCCAUUUUUUUUUUAAAUACAAUGAAUGAUGCACUUUACCCUGGACCACCAUAAAACUUCAUUAAUAAACAAAUAGUUGGCAAAGUAACAUAUUAUAAUAGUUUACUACAUUCAUUGCAUGUUUGAUGAGCUUAUUGGAGAUGACAAGAAUCAACAAGUUGUAUAGGAUAAGGCAACGUUUAAUAAGAAUUCUGAUUUCUCAGUGGGUGAGGAUCUGUCAUUUCUAACACACAGCACCCUGUAAUGUCCCAGACACUUUACUAUAAAAAUAAAGGACCUAAACACAAUUGUUUAUGCUGUACCAUGACAAGUGUUAUCUGCUGCUUUUGUUGUGAUUGAAAUUUGUAGACGUUCAGGCUGAAGAGUUAAAUUCAGUGCUUCUUGAACUAUAUAACAGUUUGGGUAGCUAUUUCUAGAAGUCAUAAAACAAUACAUAGAGUUUUAAGACCAUUAAUUCCUUUGAUGUCACAGGUCAAUUGUGAUGGCUUAAAGACUUUGGAAUGUCUUUAAUUAACAGCUGGAUGACUGCAAGGCAGCUGUGCUUGACUUGCACUGCAUAUAGCUGACAAAUUGUGCCCCUUUAUUCCAGAAUAUCUGCAGGCCAUUUCAGUGGCUCCGACUGAAACACUAGUUAUCUUUUAUUUUUAAACUGCUGGCAGAUUGUACUUUGUCUCAGCUAAUGCAAUGUUUCUGCACAGAAGUGCUUUAGCUGAUGCUUCCUUGGCCACUAAAUUGCUAAGUGAUCCUCGCGUUGGAAAGGUUUGGAGGGAUAAUGUAGAAGUGCUCUGCAUUAUCUUGGUAAAGGAUGAGGAGCUGAGCUUUGGGUGCCAAAAAGAGCCCUGGGUUUUGUGAAACUUCAUCAAAAUGGUUUGACAGCACCCAAAUACUCAUUGCACAACCACUGCAGCAUGACCAUUUAAUGUAGGUAAUUUAGACAAUAAUUUAGGUAUGGCUUGUCUACCAUAUGUUAUGUCAAGCAGCUAAUUUGUGAAAUCUAGAGCAGGACUCAAUGAUAUCAUAAUUAUCGGCUAAUCGGUAAGGAUAAUAUGUAUUCAGAGUAAGGCAAGAGAUACAACUAACAAUAGCACAGUAGAUUCAAAAAUAUAGAGUAUGAAAAGCUAGACAUCUAGUUUUAGAAUAUUUAAAACACUACUGUUAUGUCAAACAGCUAAUUAUAGUACAUUUCUAUAAAAUAUACAUAUAUAAAUGCAGUAAUAUGGCAAGUCAGCCAACUAGGAGGAUACAUAUAAUAGUGCUGUCAAGCAUUUUAAUGAGGAUGAUAAUAUAUAAUUUAUAAGCUAUGUGCUGAGAUAGCAGGCUCCUGUUCAAUCAGGAUGGUGGUACCUGGAUAAAGUACAGAAGGUUUUUAACCAGUAUUGCCUCUCAUGAUCUCAAUUAGGGCACAAGAUGACUUUGAUUGCAUAUUCCUGUUCAUCAGAUGUCGAACAGAGAAAUAAAGUCCUUUGGAGAUAUGAGCACUGCAUAACCACAGGGAAACUUAAUCCUUGUGGUUAAGCAGAGCUCAUUAACGUAGCAGAAUGUGCAAAAUCAACAGUGAUCUUAUCAAUUAUCAAUGUAUAUACCAGGUAGCAAGGGACACUCCACCACACAGCAAAGUGGCUACCCAAUCCAAAGCUAGGGAAAAUGGUACUGGAGCCUUUACUAAUUCAGAUAUACUGUUCUACUUUCAUGUAGCAAAACACUGCAAACUCUGUGCUUACUCCGUGGCAUUAUUAAACAGCCCAGUAAAUCAUGACUACAUCUCAGUAACUAGAACCCUUUCAGCAGAGAAAUGUCAACUGGACUGGACCUCCGUAGUAGAAUUGACCUAUGCAUGCUUUUGUCCAUUUUUGAGGAGGGCUCAUAGACUACAUUUGUAAGACUGAUCAUGCCUUUAUAUACUCUAUACUCUAUGUCAAUGAUUUAUGCAUCUAGAACAGUAUAUGAUAUGCUGGGUCUGUCAGCCAAUGUAAGUAGAGCAGUUUGAAACAUGAAAAGCAGUGUUAGCUAGAUCAAGCAGCUAACUGUACCACUUAUAUGUCAGUAUAGAUUAUUACAAGCUAUGACAGAUUAUUGGAAAAUCCAAAAACGUAUAACAAACCAGGCAGCAGUUUAUAAACGUUGAGGAGGAUUUUACAAAAUAUGGUAUGCAGUACUCUCCCCCACAGCUGUAUGUAUGGGUCUGGAAAGAAUGCCUCAUGGUAGGUGAUAUAGGAAAGAUGGACGUAUUAUUACAGGAAUAUCUUGUCUGCUGAGUUAAGAUGGAAAAUAUUUCAGAACAAAAGCAGCUGUGUGUUGAUACCAGGUGUUAUAUACCUUUAGGUUGGGUUUAUAAUAUCUAUCCUGCGCCAGGACUCACACAUGGGAGGGAAAAUGCAUGUUUAUAUCUUUUUUCCUAAUAACGUGGUCAUUUCUUAGUUUUUAUGCCUGCAGGGGUAGGGAGUAGUGCUGUACAUGCUCCAGACGUCUGCAAAUGAGUUAUUAAUGACCGAUCGAACACACUGAAAUAGCAACAAAGUGAAAUCUGGUAGAUGGUAGAUAAGUACAACUUCUCUACACGUUCAGGCUUGAAACCUUAAGCCGAACCUCCUAUAUAUAAAAAAUAAUUUUGUGUUCAAAGAUAUAUAUUACAUAUUAGGUAUAUAAUAUUUGUAGUGACUUAGAUGAACACUCUAAGGUUAAGGAAUACUUUCAAAUAAACAUUACACUUCCCUUUAAUCCAGUACAAGGCAGUCUCCUAUCAGCCUCCGCUCUGCCUUCUUUAGGAUCAUCAACAUUGAUUAUCUUGUUCCAAUCCAAAUCUAAUGCUGGGUGCACCCUGGUGCCCUUCCCCCAUGCAAGUACUAAAACCAUUAAAGGACCACUAUAGGCACCCAGACCACUUCACUUUAAUGAAGUGGCAUGGGUGCCAGGACCAUCUAGGGUUAACCCUGCAGCUGUAAACAUAGGGUUAAUCCAGCCUCUAGUAGCUGUCUCAUUGACAGCCGCUAGAGGCACUUCCGUGCUUCUCACUGUGAUUUUCACAGUGAGAAGAUGCCAGCGUCCAUAGGAAAGCAUUGAGAAAUGCUUUCUUAUGGACUGACUGAAUGCACGCGCGGCUCUUGCCGCACAUGCGCAUUCAGCGGAUGAUGUCGGAAGAGGGAGGAGAGUAAGGGAGCGAGUAAAGGUAAGAAUUUAACCCCUUCCUCCCCCAUCAGCCUUGUGGGAUUGGGACCCUGAGGGAGGGGGGAGCCAAAGACCCUAUAGAGCCAGGAAAACGAGUUUGUUUUCCUGGCACUAUAGUGGUCCUUUAAGUAACAUUCUGAUUUGUUAACUUGGCUCCUCCAGGUGCUGCCCCCCGGUGGCAUCGCUGGGGGGGGCAGAGGGGACCAUGGCCCCCCCUACAUCAUGCUGUGCACCCCCUUGAGCCCCCCCAAAUGCCAGCAACUUGCUGGCCAUGUGCUUCAAUUGUAUUCCCUCGGGCUGUAACAGUCUGUUACAGCCCGAGGGAAUGCAGGACAGAGGAGCUGGAACAGUGCUGGGUGUUUUCAGCAGCUUCCCCAGCACAGGCCCCGCCCCCAAAUUAAACCCCACCUCCCGCACAUAAGCCAGGUAGGCUUGAUAUGCUCAGGUGUGUGUGUGUAUGGACUCAACAGUCUGUCUGUGUGUAUGGACUCAGCAGUCUGUCUGUGUGUAUGGACUCAGCAGUCUGUCUGUCUGUGUGGACUCAGCAGUGUGUGUGUAUGGAUUCAGCAGUCUGUGUGUGUGUAUGGACUCAGCAGUCUGUAUGUGUGUGUGUGUGUGUGUGUAUUGACUCAGCAGUCUGUGUGUCUGUGUGGUCUCAGCAGUCUGUGUGUGUAUAGACUCAGCGGUCUGUGUGUGUAUGGACUCAGCAGUCUGUGUUUGUGUGUGUAUGGACUCAGCAGUCUGUGUGUGUGUAUGGACUCAGCAGUAUGUGUGUGUAUGGACUCAGCAGUCUGUGUGUCUGUGUGUGUGUGUGUAUGGACUCAGCAGUCUGUCUGUGUGUAUGGACGGACUCAGCAGUCUGUGUGUGUGUGUGGACUCAGCAGUCUGUGUGUGGACUCAACAGUCUGUGUGUCUGUGUGUGUAUGUACUCAGCAGCCUCUGUGUGUGUGUGUGUGUGUGUGUGUGUGUGCGCGCAUGUACUCAGCAGUCUCUGUGUGUGUGUGUGUAUAUGUACUCAGCAGUGUGUGUGUGUGUGUAUGGACUCAGCAGUCUGUGUGUGGACUCAGCAGUAUGUGUGUCUAUGUGUGUAUGUACUCAGCAGUCUGUGUGUGUAUGUGUGUGUGUGAUGUGUGUGUGUGGACUCAGCCUGUGUGUGUGUGUUGGACUCAGCAGUCUGUGUGUGUGUGUGUGUGUGUGUGUGUGUGUAUGGACUCAGCAGUCUGUGUAUGUGUGUAUGGACUCAGCAGUUUGUGUGUGUGUGUAUGGACUCAGCAGUCUAUGUGUGUUUGUGUGUAUGAACUCAGCAGUCUGUGUGUAUGGACUCAGAAUUAUGUGUGUGUGUGUGUGUGUGUGUGGACUCAGCAGUCUAUGUGUCUCUGGAGUAGGAGAGGUUCACCCACUGGAAGCUGGAUCUUGGUCUUGGGUCCAGGGUGGGUGGAGGAUGCCGUGUUCCCAGCAAAGCUGUAAUGCUGGAUGUGGGAACUACAGUGCUUAUGGUGUCUGGUGGAGCCCUUGGAGUCCGCGGUGAGCACUAGGAGCAUCAACUCACAGAGGCACCCGGUUGGGGUGCCAGGCGGUCCGUCACAUAUACCAACUAAUAAUCCACUUGGACAAACACUUGAAUGGGGGAUGCAUACUCAUCAGCCACAACAUUAAAACCACUGAAGUGAAUAACAUUGAUUAUAUUGUUACAAUGGCAACUGUGAAGGAGUGAAAUAUAUUAGGCAGCAAGUAAACAGUCAGUUCUUAAAUUUCAUGUGAGGCAAGCAGGAAAAAUAGGCAAGAGAAAAGAUCUGAAUGACUUUGACAAGGGCCAAAUAAUGAUGGCUAGACGAUUGGGUCAGAGCGUCUCCGAAAUGGCAAGUCUUGUGGUGUGUUCCUAGUAUUCAUUGGUUAUUACCUACCAAAAGUGGUGCAAAGAAGGACAACCGGUGAACCUACAUCAGGGUCAUGGGUGCUGAAGUCUCAUUGAUGCACAUGGGAAACGAAGGCUAGACCAUCUGGUCCGAUCAGACAAAAUAGCUACUGUAGCUCUAGGUACUGAAAAUUACUGGACAUGAUAGGAAGGUGUCAAAACACACAGUGCAUCACAGUUUGCUGCAUAUGAGGCAGCGUGGCUGCAGACUGGUCAGAGUGCCCAUGAUGACCUCUGUCCACCGCCGAAAGCGCCUUCAACAGGAACGUGAGUGUCAGAACUGGACCUUGGAGCAAUUGAAGAAGAUUGUCUGACCUGAUGAAUCACGUUUUCUUUUAGAUCAGGAGGAUAGCUAGGUGCGUCGAUUAACUGGAAGAGAUGGCAGCAGGAUGCACUAUGGGAAGAAGGUAAGCCGAAGUAGACAGUGUUAUGCUCUCGGCAAUGUUCUGCUGUGAACCUUGUGUCCUGGCAUUAUAUAAUACCACCUACCUAGAGAUUGUUGCAGACCACGUGUGAAUGUUGUGAAAGUGUCUUAGCUCCUCAGCCGCCAUCUUGUUCUUAUAUCAGCCAUGUUUGCCCUCUGUGUGACUUUGUGUGCUUGACGGGUUAAGUAUCGACAUUUCUGGGCUCUUUGCUCCAAGUAGGUUUAUAAGAAACCUGUUUUAUCUAUUCAAUGAUUAGAAUGGAAAUAGGCAAAGGUGGGUUAUCACCUCAGGGUGGAUGGUCAGAAGUGAUUGAUUCAGAAGUAGACUGAACGGACCAUAGCAGGAUGAGUAGGUUUAGAGGCAACUAAUUACAGGGUACUGUGUUUUUUUUGCAUACAUCAAGAUACUGAUAUUUUGUCACUAUGCUGUUUCUGGCACUUAAGCUGCGUUCUUUAACUGUAUAUAAGAUAUGUGUUUUUCAUAUAGAGGGAGGGCAGUCUUCUUUGACACUCUCCUUGUGCACAAGCAAUAAAGGAAUCUCUGCUUAUUCAACUCUUGUGUGAAGAACUUGUGUUUUACGUUAAUGAGUAUUUCACAUACAUACAACCCUUCAUGGUGUUCCUUGAUGGCAGUGGACACUUUCAGAAGGAUAAAGCACCCUUGCACACUGUGAAAAUUGUUUAGGAAUGGUUUGAGGAGCAACAAAGAGUUCAAGGUGUUUCAAGGUCUUGCCUUGACCUCACAACUCCCCAGAUCUCAAUCUGAUCUGUGGGAUGUGCUGGAACAACAAAUCCAAAUCACAAAGGCCCAACCUCGCAACUUGCAGGACUUAAAGGAUCUGCUGCUAAUGUCUUGGUGCCAGAUACCACAGGACACGUUCAGAGAUAUUUUAUAGUCCAUGCCUCAAUGCAUCAGAGUAUUCAAGCAAAAAGUGUUUAGCUGUAGAAACAUUUCCUAACUCAACUAUAGUCACAAUUCAAAGCAUAGUGAAUGAACCCCUAAAUUAAAAGUAUUAUUUUAUAAUGAUCAUUAUCUAUUCAUGUUUGUUUAUAUUUAUGCUUGACCUCAUUAUACAUAUAUGUUUUACAAUUUUCAUAAUAAUUAUCCCCCUGUGUAUUUCUGCAGGUGACAGUGGGACCCCAAGGACCCAGGGUAAGUGACUAUGUAUCACGUAUGCAUUGUGUGUGUGUGUCUGUAAAUAUAUAUAUAUAUAUAUUCAUAUUCUUGUAUUCUUCUGUAUUUAUUGAAGCUGCUUAUUUUGCUAAGAACACUUGUCAUCUAAGGGUUAACUAAACACUUGUCAAUCAAAGAGCAUAACACAGAAAGGUAGUUAAAUGUAAAUAUGUUGUUAGAAAUGAAGAUUAUAGUGCUUACAGUGAGACCCAUAAAGCCAGAUACACUAAUCUUCUAUGAGGCCCUGGCAUGAAGAUAACCUUGAGAUUUUUAAAAUGCUCAGAAUUAUUGCAAGUACUUAGCACUAACCUUUUUCACAAAUUCUUUUUCAAUUUGCUCAAGUUUAUGGGUAACCUUGCUAGUCUCCUUUUUGAAAAUUGAAAGCUUUAAUUUAAUUAUGAACAUCAUAUAUAUUCAGAGCAAUGUUAACGAGUGCAACUAAUGGCUGGAAUAACCUCACCAGAGCACUCUCUUAGGUGUGAUGCAUUGAGAGGCCGGCGUGAGGAUUGUUAUCAAAAACAACUUUACAUCUGAAAUGCUGAUGAGUUUUUUUAAACAUCUCUCUAAUUUGUGCCCUGAAAGCUCUGACAUGCAAGUAAAAAAAUAUUGAAACUCUUUUAAAGAAUUUGUACACUUUAGCUUAAAGAAACACACUUAGCACUAUAAUCACUACAGCUCACCAUAUUAAUUGUGAUGCCAAGAGUGAACUGCCCUCCCCCAUCCCAUUUUUAACUACCGUAUAUACUCGUGUAUAAGUCGAUCUCAUGUAUAAGUCCAGUGCAGUUUUGUGACCAACAAUUGUGAAAUAUGCUAUGCCUCGUGGAUAAGUCGAGGGUAAAACUUGGGGCUAUGAAAUUCUGUGAUUUCUAUAAUUAUAUACACACACACUCAUACAAACACACACUCUGCAUUAUAUAUACACACACUCUGCAUUAUAUACACACACACACACACACUCAUACAAACACACACUCUGCAUUAUAUACACACACUGUGUAUAUAAUGCAGAGUGUGUGUUUGUGUAGUAUGUGUGAACUGGGUGGGGGGAGGGCAUUUUUAUUAUUUUUUUAUUUUAAUGUUAUUAUUUUUUUAUUAUUUUAAUUUUAUUUUGUCCCCCCUCCCUGCUUGUUAACUGGUCAGGGAGGAGGGCUAUCUUAAUCCCUGGUGGUCAAGUGGCAUGGGCUGUGAAGUGGGGGGGCCGGCAGGAAGCAUUUACUUACCUUUCCUGCAGCUCCUGUCAGCUCCCUUCUCCUCCGUUACGGUCAGCUCCGCUGUAAGUCUCGCGGUCUGGUUGCCGCGCGGAUCGUUGCCAUGGCUCUGACGGCCGCGGCUCUCUAAGUUGCCAUAAUACAGACAGUGACUCGAGUAUAAGUCGAGUGUGGGUUUUUAAGCACAAAAAAUGUGCUAAAAAACUAGACUUAUACUCGAGUAUAUACUGUAGUCGAACUGUUUUUGACAGGUCUUCUUUUACUACUUUAUUACUGGGUUCUGGCAGGAACCAAUCCCCACCUCCACCACCAAUGCUAGAGAACCAGAAGUUCCUAAGCAGGAAGUCCUCUAAGGCUUCCUGAAUCAGACCCUUCAGAUCACGCUCAGCCAAUGAGCUAAGCCUUUAAUUGCACUCCAAGACAUUCCUGGCACCAUAACCACUACACUACAAUGUAAUAUUCUACAUUUGAGACAAUGUGUAACUUUGUCCCUUUCCCUUGCUUCCUAUGUGUUGCUGAGAGGUCAUGGAUGUCCCUAUUCUUGUCACAUUUGUUCUUUUAGUGUAACACUGUGGAGAAAUGUAGCUGUUUGUUUUUUAAUUUAUAAACAGUAAUAAUUUUAAAUUAAUGUUUACUUUGGAACAUAAUAAUAGGAAGAUUUUUGAAUGUUACUUUGGUCCUUGAAAAGUAUGGUAAUUUUGAAACUAAAGUUUUACGUAAACCUACAGAUAUGAAUGCCCUCUCUACAUAUAUAUAUAUAUAUAUAUAUAUAUACACACACACACACACACACACACACACACACAUAUAUAUACACACACACACACACACACACACACGAAAAAAGUAUUUGAUCCCCUGCUGAUUUUGAACGUUUGUCCACUGACAAAGAAAUGAUCAGUCUAUUAUUUUAAUGGUAGGUGUAUUUUAACAGUGAGAGAUAGAAUAAACAAAAAUCCAGAAAAAUGCAUGUCAAAGAAGUUAUAAAUUGAUUUGUAUGUCAAUGAGUGAAAUAAGUAUUUGAUCCCCUAUCAAUCAGCAGGAUUUCUGGCUCCCAGGUGUCUUUUAUCCAGGUAACAAGCUGAGAUUAGGAGCACUCUCUUAAAGGGAGUGCUCCUAAUCUCACUGUAGCAUACAUAUAGCAUACAAUAGGGCAUUAACCCCUUAAGAAUGGGGUGCUAUGCCGUCCUUGGGGACCAGGCUCUAAACGCCGGCGGGCGGCACACCGGCAAUCAUGAUGGGGGGACUUACCUAACAUCCCAGGGAGUCCCCCUACUGCCGAUCCAACCCUACUGGGCCAUGUGAUCACGUGGUCCUUGAGAGGACCUCACGAUCACAUGGACGGAAUAGCUGUCCAUAGCAGUGCCAGCAAGGGGAGUGCCUGGAAUGACAGGUAGUGCCCCUGCUGCCUGAAAUAAAAUGAAAUAAAGUUUUAAACAGUGUAAAAUAAAACAAUAUAUACUUAGAUCAUAUAUAUAUAUGUGUGUGUAUAGUAUAUAUAUGAUCUAAGUAUAUAUAUAUAUAUAUAUAUAUAUAUACACACACACUUACACAUACAUACACAUACACUGUCUAAGAGUAUUUUAAUAUUAAUAUAUAUAUAUAUAUAUAUAUAUAUAUAUAUAUAUAUAUAUAUAUUAAUAUUAAAAUACAUAUAACUAUAUAUAUAUAUAUAUAUAUAUAUAUAAAUAUCAAAAUACACGUAGAAUUAUAUUAAUUAAAUAUAUAUAUAUACAUAAUAAAAAAUAAAUAUAAAUACAUGAAAAAGAAAAAACAAAUAAUUAAAAUAUAUAUAUAUGUGUAUAAUUCCGUUCUAACUGUAUUUUGAUAUUAACAUUAAUAUAUAUAUAUAUAUAUAUAUAAUGAUAUAAAAAUACACUUAGAACACAAUAAUAUAUAUAUCUAUAUACAUAAAUAUAUAUGUAUAUAUCGCUAUAUAUAAAUAAAAAUAAUUUUUUAAAAAUUAUAUAUAUAUAUAUAUAUAUACACACACACACACACACACAUAUAUAUAUAUAUAUAUAUAUAUAUAUAUUUAUCUUUUUUAUUCUACAUAUAUUUAUAUAAUAUUUUUACAUAAUGAAGUCUUUUUUAUUAGUUACAAUUUGAAGGACCUGCGUGAUAACCCAGGCAGAAAGGCAAGAGAAUUUAAUUUGCUAGCACUAUAUUUAACCCUGUAACUUUCCAAGACACCAUAAAACCUGUACAUGGCGGGUACUGUUUUACUCGGAAGACUUCGCUGAACACAAAUAUUAGUGUUUCAAAACAGUAAAAUGUAUUACAACGAUGAUAUCAUCAGUGAAAGUGACAUUUUUUGCAUUUUUUCCACACACAAACGGCACUUUCACUGAUGAUAUAAUUGUUGUGAUACGUUUUACUGUUUUAAAACACUAAUAUUUGUGUUUAGCGAAGGCUCCCGAGUAUAACAGUACCCCUUUUUUUAUGGUGUUUUCAAAAGUUACAGAGUCAAAUAUAAGGCUUGUGUUUCAGUUUUUUUACAUUGAAAUUCACCAAAUUGGUUACGUUGCCUUUGAGACCAUAUGGUAGCCCAGGAAUGAGAAUUACAUGCAUGAUGGUAUACCAUUUGUAAAAGUAGACAACGCAAGGUAUUGCAAAUGGGGUAUGUCUAGUCUUUUUAGUAGCCACUUAGUAACAAACACUGUUCAAAAGUGGCGUUCAAAUUAGUUUUUUUACAUUUUUCACACUAAUUUGAACGCCAAUUUUAGACAGUGUUUGUGACUAAUUGGCCACUAAAAAAUACUGGACACACCCCAUUUGCAAUACCUUGGGUUGUCUACUAUUGCAAAUGGUAUGCCAUCAUGGGGGUAAUUUUCAUUCAUGGACUACCAUACGAUUUCAAAGGCAACAUAAUCAAUCUGGCAAAUUUCAAUGUGAAAAAACUGAAAAAUGUAAUAUGCUAUGUUUGACCCUGUAACUUCCCAAAACACAAUAAAAUCUAUACAUAUGGGGUACUGUUUUACAGGCGAGACAUCACUGAAUAGAAAUAUGUGUAUUUUAUUGCAGUAAAAGCAAACAGUAUUAUGACACUCACAAUUCAAAUGUCAUGCAGAACUAAAAAAAAUACAUUUCUUAAUUUCUCACUUUAUAUUUUAUUCAUAUUAAAUCAUGUUUCAUAGCUAAAUAUUUGAUGUUAAAUGAAAGCCCUAUUUCUCCUGAAUAAAAUGAUAUAUAAUAAGUGUGGGUGCAUUUAAUAUGAAAGAGGUGAAUUACAGUUGAACAGACAUAUAGUCAAAUUCCAGGUUUUGUUUAUGUUUUAUUUUGAUCAAACCGUGUACAUUUGGCUCAGUCCUUAAGGGGUUAAAGCAGAAGUGAAGGGAUUUCAUUUUGAACGUGGGAAAACAAAAAUGGUGGUAAGACUGUGAUAUUUGGUAUACAUUACCGUAAUUAAUGUGUUUUAAUUAAAGCUAUUAUCUAUAAAAUCUUACAAACAUUAUUAGGUUAUGAAACAUUGCCCCCCAUUGUGAGGGAGGGAAUGUAUAUAGUAGGGAAAUGUAUUAUCUUCUAGUUUAUGUAAAUGGCAUAUGAUUGGUUGUUUAAAAGUUUAGAAGAUUGUUGAUUAUCACAUAAAGACAAUUUUAGACAUGGCAAACACCAAUGUAAAUGUCAUUUUCCUUCUAAAUUAGAUAUUUUACAUCUAACGUAACCAGUAAGUGUAUAGUAUGAAGUCAUACCAGUAAAUGUUUAUAAAGUCAUACCAGUAAAUGUUUCAGUAUGAAGUCAUACCAGUAAUUGUUUAGUAUGAAGUCAUACCAGUAAAUGUUUAGUAUGAAGUCAUACCAGUAAAUGUUUCAGUAUGAAGUCAUACCAGUAAUUGUUUAGUAUGAAGUCAUACCAGUAAAUGUUUAGUAUGAAGUCAUACCAGUAAGUGUUUAGUAUGAAGUCAUACCAGUAAAUGUUUAUAAAGUCAUACCAGUAAAUGUUUCAGUAUGAAGUCAUACCAGUAAAUGUUUAGUAUGAAGUCAUACCAGUAAAUGUUUCAGUAUGAAGUCAUACCAGUAAAUGUUUAGUAUGAAGUCAUACCAGUAAGUGUUUAGUAUGAAGUCAUACCAGUAAAUGUUUCAAUAUGAAGUCAUACCAGUAAAUGUUUAUAAAGUCAUACCAGUAAAUGUUUCAGUAUGAAGUCAUACCAGUAAAUGUUUAUAAAGUCAUACCAGUAAAUGUUUCAGUAUGAAGUCAUACCAGUAAUUGUUUAGUAUGAAGUCAUACCAGUAAAUGUUUCAGUAUGAAGUCAUACCAGUAAAUGUUUAGUAUGAAGUCAUACCAGUAAAUGUUUAGUAUGAAGUCAUACCAGUAAAUGUUUCAGUAUGAAGUCAUACCAGUAAUUGUUUAGUAUGAAGUCAUACCAGUAAAUGUUUAGUAUGAAGUCAUACCAGUAAAUGUUUCAGUAUGAAGUCAUACCAGUAAUUGUUUAGUAUGAAGUCAUACCAGUAAAUGUUUAGUAUGAAGUCAUACCAGUAAGUGUUUAGUAUGAAGUCAUACCAGUAAAUGUUUAUAAAGUCAUACCAGUAAAUGUUUCAGUAUGAAGUCAUACCAGUAAAUGUUUAGUAUGAAGUCAUACCAGUAAAUGUUUCAGUAUGAAGUCAUACCAGUAAAUGUUUAGUAUGAAGUCAUACCAGUAAGUGUUUAGUAUGAAGUCAUACCAGUAAAUGUUUCAAUAUGAAGUCAUACCAGUAAAUGUUUAUAAAGUCAUACCAGUAAAUGUUUCAGUAUGAAGUCAUACCAGUAAAUGUUUAGUAUGAAGUCAUACCAGUAAAUGUUUCAGUAUGAAGUCAUACCAGUAAAUGUUUAGUAUGAAGUCAUACCAGUAAGUGUAUAGUAUGAAGUCAUACCAAUAAAUGUUUAGUAUGAAGUCAUACCAGUAAAUGUGUCAGUAUGAAGUCAUACCAGUAAGUGUUUAGUAUGAAGUCAUACCAGUAAAUGUUUCAAUAUGAAGUCAUACCAGUAAAUGUUUAGUAUGAAGUCAUACCAGUAAAUGUUUCAGUAUGAAGUCAUACCAGUAAAUGUUUAGUAUGAAGUCAUACCAGUAAAUGUUUCAGUAUGAAGUCAUACCAGUAAGUGUUUAGUAUGAAGUCAUACCAGUAAAUGUUUCAGUAUGAAGUCAUACCAGUAAAUGUUUCAGUAUGAAGUCAUACCAGUAAAUGUUUAGCAUGAAGUCAUACCAGUAAAUGUUUCAGUAUGAAGUCAUACCAGUAAAUGUUUAGUAUGAAGUCAUACCAGUAAAUGUUUCAGUAUGAAGUCAUACCAGUAAAUGUUUAGCAUGAAGUCAUACCAGUAAGUGUUUAGUAUGAAGUCAUACCAGUAAGUGUUUAGUAUGAAGUCAUAUGAAGUUUGUAAUUUCUUUAAACAUAUGCGUAAUGUGCAAUGUCUGCUUUGUCAGGAAGACAGAGAGAAAACUUAAACUGAGGAAUAGGAAGUAUUUGAAUAGUAUUGAAAGCAAUAAUAUCGAGGAAAUAUAUGUUGGGAUAUAAUGGGACUUCAGAUCACUUGUUCAGCCAUUUAACUCUUGAGUCUGAUUAUCACAGAAACUAUCUUUAAAUAGGUUGUAAUAUGUGUGGUCAAUUGAAACCCUGGAAAAAUGUGCGUUCACAUGAGUUCUAGUUCUUCAUUUAAUGUAUUUAUUUACAUACAUCAAAGUUUAAAAAAAACAGCAGGUAUAGCAAGAGAGUCACCACAGGUUGUCAUGAGAAUUAUGAAUUAUAAUAGAAAACACUCCUUUGGAAAAACACAUAAAUUAGAUUUUUUUGUUGUUAAAUUUCUUAAAAAAUGGUACAACUUACUUUACCUAUUAAGUACUUACAAGUUGAUAAAGUUCUGGGCAGAAAGGUGUCAAGAAAUAAGUAAGGUUACCAGGGGUGGACUGACAACUCACAGGGCCCUCGGUCAAUAGGAGAUCAAGCGGCCCCCUCCGGGUGCAGGGUCUUUGGCAGCUCCCCCACAGAUAAUAUGUGCGCACUACCCAGCAUGGCUGUGUGAGUCAUGACAUCCCCCAAACAGGGCCAGAUAUACCUUAGGGGGUUAAUCCAACCUAAAACGGUGUUUUAAUAAAACAUUAUUUUUGAAUGGAGUACCCCUUACUAGCUUGCCUUACUCCCCACCUCCCCCCCUUUUAAAAAAAAAAGAAAUAAAGCAAAUUUAAUUAGACCCUUCCUCUGUGUUUGUUGGUGACAUCACAAGCAGCAUCCCCCACAUGUUCAACCAUACAAGUAGCCUCCAAACACAUCUUUACGAAGAAAGUCUAGUUACCUAUCAACACAACUAUGAAUUAGGAAUUAAAAUUGGACGUCAAAGGCGCAGUAAAGAGCUAUUAGCCUGUGUAGCUCAUUGCCCACACAUAAUUAAAAGAGAGGAUUUAAUAAACAUCUUGUGUGGAAUUGUACCACCCCCAAAGAGCUCAUGUGUUCCUCUACAAAUGUCUGAAGUGGUUCCUGACGUGGACGAAAGUAAGACUCAAAAGCGCACCAUGGCCCAGUGCAGUGAUUUAUUUACAAUCACCACCCUGCAAACGGAAAAAAACCAUCUAACCUCCAAAAUAAAUUGAAACAUGCUGAUUGGACUCACAUACUCCUAAACACUCUGAUAAAACCCUUCUUAGCCUUGAAUUGUUUAGAGAACAGUGAUUGAAAAAUAAAAAUUUAAGAAUUAAUAUAUGAACAAAUUACUUAUUAUUAUACAUUUUAUUUUUUCUUGUGUACUUUGUGAGUAGUUAAAUAAGUAUUCAUUUUAUUUUAAACUGAUAAUUUAAUGUUUUAUGCUAUCAACAAAACAACUUUAACAAUCCCUUUAAAGAUUUUUAAAUAAUUAAAUUAAUAAUUAAAUGUGCAUUCCCCAUCAUGAAGCUGGCAAUCUCCAAAUGGAGAUUCAGGAGUCAAGAUCUGAUCACACUUUCAGUGAAAGGAAGCGUCAGUGUUUGACAUGGGUACAGCAGCAGGGGGAGGAGAAAUAUCAUUGGGAGGCCGGACAGCAUCAGGAGAAACUCUGGGCUAACUGCAGAAUUUGUGAUAAUUUAAUGUUUUAUGGUGAUAAUUUUUUGUUUUAUGCUACUUUAAAGGACCACUUGUUUUCCUGGCACUAUAGUGCCCUGAGGGAGCCCCCACCCUCAGGAUCCCCCUCCCGCCGGGCUCUAGGGUGAGGAAGGGGUUAACCUUACCUCGUUCUCCAGUGCCAGGCGGGGAGCUCUCCUCCUCCUCGGCUGAAUGCGCGCAUUCAGCCAGUCCAUAGGAAAGCAUUCUCAAUGCUUUCCUAUGGACGCUGGCGUCUUCUCACUGUGAAAAUCACAGUGAGAAGCACACAAGCGCCUCUAGCGGCUGUCAAUGAGACAGCCACUAGAGGCUGGAUUAACCCUAAUAUAAACAUAGCAGUUUCUCUGAAACUGAUAUAUUUAUAGAAAAAAGGGUUAACCCUAGCUGAACCUUGCACCCAGACCACUUCAUUAAGCUGAAGUGGUCUGGGUGCCUAUAGUGGUCCUUUAACAAGGACUUUAAAGUGAACCUUUAGUCUUAUAUUGAUCUUUAGCUAGAUAAAAAUAUUUAAAUUAAUAAUUAAAUAGGGACAUGCGUGGAACUCAUGUGCAUUCCCCAUCAUCAAGCUGGCCAACUCCACACAGGUAGACAUGCUAUACUGCAGAUAUACAUCAUCUAAAUGCCCAUAGUCUGUCUGACAAGGAGUCAGGGGGAAGCUAUAAUUUCAACUAAAUAUUGGAAAAUCUAUUAAUUUGCUAGAUAUAUUGCUUGCACCAUGUAUAGAUAAAAUAAUUACACAGUAACUGGCAGGAGGGGAUGCGCUUCCCUCCUGCCGGUCACAGAAUGUAGCGUGGCAGAGCAGGCAGACCACAGUAGAGGAGCUUCUGACAGGAAGUGCUCACAGACUGCUUCUUGUUAGACCGGGUAAGGGAACAGAAACUCUACCUGCUCGGCCACGCUACAACAAGGUACAGGCCUACAGGGAGAGUGGGGGGAGGCUAUAAUGGGACACAUGAGGGCUAUAAUGAGACACAUUGGGGCUGGAGAGGGGGAUAUAAUGGGACACAUUGGGGCUGGGGAGGCUAUAGGGACACAUGGGGGCUAGGGAGGGGGCUAUAAUGGGAUACUAGGGGGCUAUAGGGACACAUGGGGGUAUAAUGGGACACAUGGGGGCUGGGUGGUUAUAGAGACACAUGGGGGCUAGGGAGGGGCUAUAAUGGGACACAUGGGGCUAUACGGACACAUAGGGGCACAGUGACACAUGGGGCUAUAUAGGGACACAUGGGGAUGGGGAGGGGGCUAUAGGGACACAUGGAGGGAUGGGAGGGGGGAUAGGAACACAUGAAGGGCUGGGAGGGGGCUAGUGGGACACAUGGAGGGCUGGGAGAGAGGGCUAAUAGGACACAUGGGGGCUAGGGAGGGGCUAUAAUGGGACACAUGGGGGCUAUAGGGGCACAUGGGGUUAUAGGGACACAUGGGGGCUAUAUGGACACAUAGGGGCACAGUGACACAUGGGGCUAUAGGGACACAUGGGGGCUAUAGGGACACAUUGGGCUGGGGGAAGGGGCUAUAGGGACACAUGGAGGGCUGGGAGGGUAGUAGGAACACAUGAGGGCUGGGAGGGCUAGUGGGACACAUGGAGGGCUGGGAGAGAGGGCUAACAGGACACAUGGAGGGCUUGGUGCUAAUGGGACACAUGGGGGGCUCAUGGGACUCAUGUGGGGAUGCUGCUGAGACAAAUGGGAGGGCUAAGAAGACAUACAGGGCUCGGAGGGGGCUAAUGGGAUGCAUAGAGGGCUGGGAGGGGGUAUAGGGACACAUGGAGGGCUGGGAGGGGGUAUUGGGACACAUGAAGGGCUAGGAGAAGGGCUAGUGGGACACAUGGAGGGCUGGGAGAGAGGGCUAACAGGACACAUGGAGGGCUGAUUGCUAAUGGGACACAUGGGGGGGGCUAAUGGGACUCAUGUGGGGAUGCUGCUGAGACACAUGGGAGGGCUAAUGGGAUGCAUAGAGGGCUGGGAGGUGGUAUAGGGACAGGGCUCGGAGGGGUGCUGGGAGGGGGUUUAGGGGCACAUGGAGGGCUGGGAUGGGGGUAUUGGGACACAUGAAGGGCUGGGAGGGGGUAUAGGGACAUAUGGAGGGCUGGGAGGGAGGGCUAAUAGUACAGAUGGGGGCUAGGGGCUAUAGGGACACAUGGGUGCUGGGGAGGGGGCUAUAAUGGGACACAUGGGGGCUAUAAUGGGAGACAUGGGGGCUGGGUGGUUAUAGAGACACAUGUGGGCUAGGGAGGGGCUAUAAUGGGACAAAUGGGGGUUGUAGGGGCUAUAGAAACACAUGGGGGCUGGGAAUGGGGUUAUAGGGACACAUGGGGGCUAUACGGACACAUAGGGGCAUAGGGACACAUGGGGGCUGGGGAGGGGGCUAUCGGGACCCAUGUGGGCCGGGGAGGGGGCUAUAGGGACACAUGGAGGGCUGGGGUCUAUAGGGACACAUGGAGGGCUGGGAGGGGGUAUAGGGACACAUGAAGGGCUGGGAGGGGGACUAGUGGGACACAUGGAGGGCUGUGAGAGAGGGCUAAUAGGACACAUGGAGGGCUGGGUGCUAAUGGGACACAUGGGGGGGCUCAUGGGACACGUGGGGAUGCUGCUGAGACACAUGGGAGGGCUAAUAAGACAUACAGGGCUCAGGGUGGGUUAAUGGGAUGCAUGGAUGGCUGGGAGGGGUUAUAGGGACACAUGGAGGGCUUGGAGGGCUAGUAGUACACAAGGAAGGCUGGGGGUUAAUGAGACACACAGAGAGUCUGUGGAGAAAAAAGACACAGAGAGGUCUGGGGAGAAAGAGACAGAGGGGCUGAGAAAGAUGAACAAAAGACACACAGAGGGACUUGGAAGGGGAGAAUGAGACACACAGAAACUGUGGAGAAAGAGACACACAGAGAUGCUGGGCCUGGGAAAGAAACAGUAGGGCUGGGGAAGGGGAGAAAGAGACAAAGGGGCUGGAGCUACGAGACACAUGAAAGGGCUUGGGGGAGAAAGACACAAACAAAGUGCAUCUUCACUUGUGUCUUCUGCUCUCCCUGUAAUUUAGAGUUGACCGGUGAGAGAAAGACUUUGUAUUAAAGGGUCACCAGAACUACUCCAGUUUAAUGUAGUGGUUAUGGUGUCUAUAGCCUGUCCCUGUAGGCUGAGCACUGUAAAUGCUACCUUUUUAGAGAAAAGGCAGUGUUUACAUUGCUGCCUAGGAACAUCUCUAGUGACAGUCACUCAGAUGGCCACUAGAGCUGCUUCCUAGUCCAGUGCUGCAAAGUGUGCUGAACUUCCAACUUGGUGCUACUUCCAAGUGCUGUUUCUAAGUGUCUAGUUGGCGAUAUUCUGGAGAGUUUUACAGAAGCUUCAACUGUCUAAGAGUUGUGCUAAGAGCUUUCUUUUCUACUGUUACAGGUAAGAUUCAUCUGUAGGAAAAGGUUACUGAUUGCCCAAGGUUUGAAUUCCUGUUGGUAAUUAUAAGGCAUUUGAUUUGAUUAAGCUAGUUACUUGCUGUUGAUUGCUGGUUAAUUAGCUAUUGUUUGCAAAUAAGCAGAGGCCUACUCAGGUGUUAAACAUUCCUAGUGGGCGGUGAUUUAAGGAGUUAUAUAAGGCUUGGUCUCAUUAGCUUGUCUAAUAUAGCUUGGUGCUACUUCCAAGUGCUGUUUCUAAGUGUCUAGUUGGAGAUAUUCUGGAGAGUGCUGUUUCUAAGUGUCUAGUUGGAGAUAUUCUGGAGAGUGCUGUUUCUAAGUGUCUAGUUGGAGAUAUUCUGGAGAUAACCUGGAGGUAAUCUGAGGUAUUCAGGAGGAUAAAGAAAAAAGUUAAGAUUUGUUAAGAUUUAAAUUAUUCUCAUAAUUGGAAUGGCAGGCUUAGUUCAGUGUAACAAUUGCUAUGCAUUUGUUUCACGUUCCACUUUUUGGAGGUUUGGUUGUUGUCUUAUCUGUAGACAGUUCUCUAUUUUGCGGCAGGAGAUUGUAUUUUUGAAGUCUGAGAUUUGUAAAUUAUCUGGUGUAGAAACUCAGACUGGAACUGCUGCAAAGCCACUGCCGCAGAGACAUGUUAGGAAAGGCAGAUGGAUUACUGUAGGAUCUGGUAGACUUAGAGUUGUGGAUAAAAGGCAUUUUGCACAGUCUGUUGCUCUUCAUAAUUCAUUUUCUGCACUUUCAGAGUGUAAUGUUGUUGUGGAGAGAGGCAAUGAGGCUUGUGGUGUUGUGGAGAGAGGCACUGAGGCUUGUGGUGUUGUGGAGAGAGGCACUGAGGCUAGUGGUGUUGUGGAGAGAGGCACUGAGGCUAGUGGUGUUGUGGAGAGAGGCACUGAGGCUAGUGGUGUUGUGGAGAGAGGCACUGAGGCUAGUGGUGUUGUGGAGACCAUGGAGACUAUGGUGAGGCCUAAUAGAAAGCAGUUGUUGUUGGGGGAUUCCAUCAUAAGAGGUGUGGAGAUGGACAAUGGUGGUCUUGUGAGGUGUCUUCCCGGAGCUACUGCUCACAGAGACAGGAGACGUAUCUGUAAUAUUGUUAAGCAAGCAAAGCAGGAAGGGGAAUUGGAUGUACUUGUCCAUCUAGGGACAAAUGACUUGGCUUGCAAUGAGGUUUCAGAGGUUAAGGAAGUUUUUAGUGUUUUGCCAAUGAUAUACGGCAGGUUGCUUCCACACUGUCAUUCUCUGAAGUUCUGCCUGUGCAUAACACUCAGAAUGACAGGCGGAUGCGUAUUACGGACUUUAAUUUGUGGCUUGGUGAAUGGUGUCGGGAGCAAGGAUUUGGCUUUAUUUCUCAUGGUAACUCUGUUUGGAAUGGAGAUAAGCUGUACAAAAAAGAUGGUUUGCAUCUUUCUCAAAAGGGAACAAAUGUUCUCAGUGAGCAGUUCAGAGGUUUUACUAGGAUGUAUUUAAACUGGGGGGGUGGCAAAAGGGUGAUAAAAAAACAUCAAUCCAAUUGUCCCCCAAAACAAGGAGAGAAGGUGCCUGUAGCAAGUGUGUUAAAAAAUGAUAAGCUUAGAGUCAUGUCUACAAAUGCUCGCAGUUUAGGGAAUAAGAUCCAUGAACUUGUAGCAAUAAUGGCAACUGAUAGUGUAGAUUUAGUCGCUGUUACUGAGACAUGGUAUAAUGAGAAAAAUGACUGGGACAUAGCAAUACCAGGGUACUCUUUAUAUAGAAAAGGCCAGGCAAAAGAGAAAGGGGAGGGUGGCCUUGUAUGGCGAAGGACCAGCAUAAAAAUCUAGCCUAAUAAAAGUUAGUGAGGCAAACAUAGAGUCCGUUUAGGCCUACGUUAAAUUUAGUAUCCCACAGUAACUGGAAACAUGAAAUUGUGAUUUAUAGGCCCCAGGACAAAUUGAAGGGAUUAGAUAAUCUACACUAGUUGAGAAAUAGCUAAAAUGACAAUGAAGGGGAGGUAUACAUCAUGGGUGACUUUAAUCUUCCUGAUGUAAGUGGAAAACAAAAGGAAAUUAGCUACUUGUGCCAGGAGCACACAUAUUUAAACUCCCUACUGGGAUUGUCUCUAAAACAAGUUGUUGAGGAGCCAACUUCGUAAAGAGGCCAUACUAGAUUUAGUGGUAACAAAUGGAGAUUUGGUAUCAGAUGUUACUGUAGGUGAAAGUUUAGGAUCCAGUGAUCAUCAGUCAGUGUGGUUUAAUAUAAGAACAGUGACUGAGUCACACCACACAAAAACAAAAGUUUUAGACUUUAGAAAAACAGACUUUUCUAAAAUUACAAUAUGGGUAGAGGCGUCAUUAUCAGACUGGAGCAAUUUAAAUGGAGUCCAAGAAAAAUGGGAUUAUUUAAAAGUUGCUCUAUUGAAGGCAACAGAAAAUUGCAUUAGGCCUGUCAGUAAAAGCAAAAAAUUCAAGAAGCCACUGUGGUACUCCGCAGAUGUGGCCAAAAUAGUUAAAAACAAAAAGCAUUUAGGAAUUAUAAAAAAACCCAGAGUGAGGGAGACAAAAUGAUCUAUAAGAUUAGGCAGAAAGAGGCUAAGCAAGUUAUAAGAGCUUCCAAAUCACACACAGAAGAGAAAAUAGCACAGUCAGUAAAAAAGGGGGAUAAAACAUUUUUUAGAUACAUAAAUGAGAAAAGAAAAGUAAAACAAGGAUUAGUUAGAUUAAAAACAAAAGAAGGAAGGUAUGUAGAAGAGGAUAAAGGUCAGGCUGACUGCCUCAAUGAAUAUUUUUGUUCUGUAUUUACAGAAGAAAAUGAAGGAAAGGGACCUCAGUUGAGAAAAAGGAUAAAUGAGUCAUUUAUUACACAUGAGUUUACAGAGGAAGAGGUUCUAUUUCAACUGUCAAAAGUAAAGACAAAUAAGUCAAUGGGACCUGAUGGAAUACACCCAAAGCUAUUAAAAGAGCUUAGUGGUGUACUAGCAAAACCAUUAACAGAUUUAUUUAACCAAUCAUUGUUAACAGGAGUAGUCCCAGAAGAUUGGAAGUUAGCGAAUGUUGUGCCCAUUUACAAGAAAGGUAAUAGGGAGGAGUCGGGCAACUAUAGGCCAGUAAGCCUUACUUCAGUAGUGGGGAAAGUGAUGGAAACCAUGUUAAAGGAUAGGAUUGAUGAACAUCUAAAAACACAUGGAUUUCAAGAUCAGAGACAACAUGGGUUUACUUCAGGGAGAUCAUGCCAAACUAAUCUUAUUGAUUUUUUUGAUUGGGUAACUAAAACUAUAGAUCAGGGUGGUGCAGUAGACAUUGCUUACCUAGAUUUCAGUAAGGCUUUUGACACUGUUGCACAUAGAAGGCUUAUCAAUAAACUGCAAUCUUUAAGUUUGGAUUCCAAUAUUGUUGAAUGGGUAAGGCAGUGGCUGAGUGACAGGCAACAGAGGGUUGUAGUUAAUGGAAUAUAUUCGAAGCUUGGACUUGUCACCAGUGGGGUACCUCAGGGAUCUGUACUUGGACCCAUUCUCUUUAAUAUUUUUAUUAGUGAUAUUGCAGAAGGUCUUGAUGGUAAGGUAUGUCUUUUGCUGAUGAUACUAAGAUAUGUAACAGGGUUGAUGUUCCAGGAGGGAUAAGCCAAAUGGACAAAUGAUUUAGGUAAACUAGAAAAAUGGUCAGAGUUGUGGCAACUGACAUUUAAUGUGGAUAAGUGCAAGAUAAUGCAUCUUGGAUGUAAAAACCCAAGGGCAGAGUACAGAAUAUUUGAUAGAGUCCUAACCUCAACAUCUGAGGAAAGGGAUUUAGGGGUGAUUAUUUCUGAUGACUUAAAGGUAGGCAGACAAUGUAAUAGAGCAGCAGGAAAUGCUAGCAGAAUGCUUGGUUGUAUAGGGAGAGGUAUUAGCAGUAGAAAGAGGGAAGUGCUCAUGCCAUUGUACAGAACACUGGUGAGACCUCACUUGGAGUAUUGUACACAGUACUGGAGACCGUAUCUUCAGAAGGAUAUUGAUACCUUAGAGAGGGUUCAGAGAAGGGCUACUAAACUGGUUCAUGGAUUGCGGGAUAAAACUUACCAGGAAAGGUUAAAGGAUCUUAACAUGUAUAGCUUGGAGGAAAGACGAGACAGGGGGGAUAUGAUAGAAACAUUUAAAUAUAUAAAGGGAAUCAACACAGUAAAGGAGGAGACUAUAUUUAAAAGAAGAAAAACUACCACAACAAGAGGACAUAGUCUUAAAUUAGAGGGACAAAGGUUUAAAAAUAAUAUCAGGAAGUAUUACUUUACUGAGAGGGUAGUGGAUGCAUGGAAUAGCCUUCCAGCUGAAGUGGUAGAGGUUAACACAGUAAAGGAGUUUAAGCAUGCAUGGGAUAGGCAUAAGGCUAUCCUAACUAUAAGAUAAGGCUAGGGACUAAUGAAAGUUUUUAGAAAAUUGAGCAGACUAGAUAGACCGAAUGGUUCUUAUCUGCCGUCACAUUCUAUGUUUCUAUGUUUCUAUGUUUCACUUGAUGAUGCAAUGCAUCUCUAUGAGGAGAUGCUGAUUGGUGCAGUGAAGCACAGCGUUUUGCCACACAUGCGCAAUAGCCUCCCAAUGCUUUCCUAUGGGAAUUGAAUUGGCAUUGACUGAGAUCAUCCAGUUGUCAGCCAAAGUGAAGAGCACACUUGUGUUACUUCAAAAUGAGCAAGAUAACGUCAUUUUUUUUACUGCUGUGCAAUAGCAUAUAUUCACAAUGUCAGUCCAAUUAUGAAACUUUCCUUAAUAUGUCAAGGUAGUUGUACUAAAACAUUGAUUAUUUGCAAAUGCACGUCUGCUUACAACAAAUCCGCUCUUUUGUUUAUUUUGAAGCUCUAUGAAUGUUUUCUUUUACGUUUGAGAGAUCGUUUUCAGUUUUAAGGUUUUUUUUUUCUGCUUUCAUAUUUGCACACUGGUGCGAUGCAUUAUGGGGCUGAUAUAUGAUUUUCAUUUCCAGUCCGGCCCUGGCUUAAUGGUUCUUAUCUGCCGUCACAUUCAAUGUUUCUAUGUUUAAACAUUAACUAAAUUUGCUUCAUCUGAGUCUUUAUAUUGUUGGAGAUGUAACAAAGAUUUGGGUAUGCUAGAAAAUUAAACAUGUAUGGCAUAAGGUUUUUGCAAUAGUUUCAGAUUUUAAACACUAAAAGUUAGCUCCCUAACCAGAGACAGUGUUGCUAUAUGCUGCCCAUAGCAACAAAAAAAAAAGCAUUUUUGAUUCAUGGUGGUUAAAAUUUGUAUCACCAGGAAAUGGAAAGACCAUAGAUCAUUAAAAUAGGAUAUUGUGAAAAAUCAGAUUAACCAUCAAGCAACGAUGGAAAAAGGUGUUUUUAACGCAAAGAAUAAGUAUUGCGAAUAUGCUCAUAUUUGGAAUGUCUGCUUGCAAAAAUUCCCUCUAUACUGAUAUUAAGUAACCUUGAGAAUAAAAACCAAAAUCAAGCUUUUAAUGUAAUUUUGAGCUGGAUACUAAUUUAUAUAAGCUGUAGAUUCAUGGAUAAACUAUGGUAGUGAUUUACUUGGAUAUUGACCAUAGGGAUUGCAACACAGCAAGUAAAAUUGGAAUGUGUGAUUUAGUGAUUUAAUUUUUGAUGGUUUUAUCCCUUUUUUUUAUGAAUAGGAAUGUUUGAUGUAUGUCUAUAUUUGUAUAUUUUUGUAUUGAAAUAUAAAAGAAUUAAAAAGAAAAUUAAAUCUUGAAUAUUAAACAUUAACAGCCCUUCAAAUAAUUUUCCAACCAUAUAUACACAGAAGUCUGUAGCUUUUGGGUUGAGCUUAUAAACCCUUUUUAAGUAUUGGCACCACGUCGGCUUUUAUGCUCUGGUAUAAUUCCUGAAACAAAAGAAUCCUAAAAGCUUAAAAACAGUGAUAUGGAUAUUUCUACAAUAAGCUCACUAAGCACGCAUUGGUGAAUAGCUUUAAUUAAUUUAUGUAGCACUUUAUCCUGUGUUAACCAAUCACCUGAUUAUACUUCCCUCUAUACUAAAGAAAAAAUAGAAUGUCUGCCUUGUCCUGAUCCUCAUUGUUAAACUAACUUUAACAAUUAACCUUUUUGGCAUUAACGUACUUAAAAAACAUUUUGUGGGGGCGGAGCCUGACAGCCGCGCUGACUGGUCGCACAUCUUGUGAGCUCUGAGGAAAAAUUGCUAAAUUAGCCUCAAAGAGACUAAAUUGCCUGCUUCCAGCCUGACUGUUCAUUACCAACCUCGCCUGGAGACAGGCCGGAGCUCAUACUUUGGGUUUCAGACCGAGAUCGGCAGCUGUAAGUGGGAGCAGACGUGUGGCCUACCAAAGUCCUACUCACAGUAAUUGUGGGGAAGGCGGCCGAUCCCUCAGCAUUGUUAUGGGCAAACUGACAAGGUGUUAGAAAUGGAACAUAUUGUUUUUCAUAACUGUUUCUUUAAGCAACAACUUCUUACCUAAUAGAGCAAUAAUAUGUGUACACCAUUUUGUCCCAGACGAAUUACAAUAACAAUAAUGCAUAAACAAGCUUCAAGGCUAUGCUACGACUCUUUCAGUACACAAUAUACUGUGGUAACCCUGAGUAGAUAAGGAUGUUUAGACUUUAAGAUGCCAUCUAGAACUAAGUCAGGAAAAUCUCCAUGACGUAUACACCCUUUAGUCAUGGCCUUGUAUGUUUGCCAAAUUAAGGGAGGUCCUAAAAUAAAUAAAGUAAACACCACAGGUGGCAAAGACCACGAAACACACCUCAAAACAAACUGUGAACAGUCUUACUCCCCGGCUACGAGAGACAAGCCCUAGGAUUUCCAAGCGAGCAGCAGGCAGAUAUACUCAGAGGAAAGCCCAGAAACUGGGAUAACUGAGGACCCUCCUAAUGGGGGGUCCCGUUAUCACCAGGCACUGCUUAACACCAAGGCCUGGGGCCUCAGCUCCGGGGAGCUGAGGCACUGCAACUCAUGUUACACCCAACAGCUGGACUCUCAGCACAGCUUACAUUAUCCGCUGACAGAGAAAGGGGUGAAUCGCAUAUGUCCUCCACGAGGCAGAUGGAUCCUACCGGACACUGGGAUCGGCUGA